CGACCUAAUUGAUGGCUUCAACUGCAGUUGCCCUCCAGGAUAUGCUGGGAAUCGAUGCGAAAUUGGUUAGAUUCUUUUUGUUAUUAUUUGCAUUGAAUUUUUCGCCCAUACGCAACAUGUUAUACCGUCUAUACCGUGUAGCAUGAAAUUUUUGACGGACUUUUAUUUUGAGGAUUGGCGAUUUUUUGAGGUUUACAGGAACAAAUUUCUACGGCUCCAAUUGACUGAAAUUUCCGCUGGGAUGGAACUAAUUUUUGCCGGCGGUUUUCUUUUCGAGCAGCAAAACAUCAACAAGGUAUCGAGGAUCGUAAUAUUUUCAACUUUUAUUACUUUUUUUUAAGGUAAAACAGCAGUCUAUACUUCUCAGACAUUUCAGUCAACGACAAGCUGGUCGGUUACAACAAAACAUUUCCAGUUAAGCUGUAAAAGCCCGACUUAAAAUACAAAUUAAAAUACAACGAAUCUAAACUCAGUCAAUCAACACCUGUUGCGCAAGCAACAGCAGAAGCGUAUCUAGAGCUACCGGUAGAGCAUCGUUGUUCUUCAGUGUACCUCUUGUGCCUUAGACACUGGAAAAGUAUUGACUUAAACUUUUAUCGUUUUAUCGUUUCGUUUUAUUUGUAUAGCAGGCAAGGUCCGAUUGCUUUUUCUCAUCAGGGCGAAUAUUAAACGAAACGUUCUUGUUUUAUCCUGAUGUAUGGUACUAGCAGCACUGAUGGAUUAAAAGCUAUUUUUAAAUAGCGGUUUUUAAUUUUGCUGGUUUUUUUUUUUGUUAUCUGCCGGAACUUAUUUUUGCGGAUCAACGACCAUCCGCAAAAUCCACAAGAAUUAAGCACCGUAUAAUAAAAGUGCUACACGGUACAUCAGUCAAGUUAUGUAAGUACCUAAUAUAGGUGAAGGUGUUGAAUGCUGUUGGGUGAUAAUAUACACGAUCAAUUUAAAUCCUACACGAAGCCUUUACACCCAGCCGACAAUGCGAGUUCAGCUGUCCCUCCUCAUUCUUCCCCGCUAGAGGCGUUUCGUGGGAGAGAUGUUUGCAGUUCAGCCAGCAAAUUUAUUGAUUACCUACAUCUUUCUGAAAUCUGGUGAUUGGUCGACUUUGUAAUCUCAUUCUUUUAGCUUUUGCAUCGUGCGCGUUCGACGUUAGGAGAACUCAACCUCUAAUAUUUUGGAUUCCUGUAGAACUUGCUUCUCCUCCCAUAGUCAGGUACAUGUGUUGCCUUUUCAACAUUUUUUUUGCCGUACGUCUGCAUUUUUGGCGCCGGAAUUUAGUCAUAGGUACAUUCCCAUUACCCUUGUUCGAUCAAGAAAAAACAGAUGGUGCAACUCGUCAUUUUUCGAAAGCACGGAGUUAUUUGAUUUAGGCGAGAGAAUUAAUUUCGAGUUGUUUUUGAGGCGGGUUCUAUCCCUGAGAUGGCGAUUCUGGCCUACCCUUCUCGGAUGAUACUUCAUUGUUAUUAGUAAGAGAUGUUAUACCGGUCAGAUUGAGCUGAAACAUCGUACCAAGACACAAAUAAACACCAGGGCCCAGCUGUUCGAAGAGCACUAUUAUCGCUUGAACCCGGUGUUAAAUUUUAAUCUGGAUUUCUCUUUCUUUUGCACGAAAGCAUUUUCUCCUGUAAUUUUCGCUAUUCUUCAAUUUAGAAACAUUCCAUCACCUCAUUGUAGACAAAAAUAAUUAAACUGAAUUUGUUUUUUUACGCUUUCAUAGCUGAAUUCAAAUUUUGCACUAACUCUGGGUUAUCUCAACCCACAAUCUUGGAGAAAAAUGUUGGGACAAAUGGACAUUACCAUGUCUAGAUUCAAGAUAAAGCUUUUGAAAGCGCUGACAACUACAAAUACUCUCCCUUGUCCACCCAAAACAACAACGUUGAAGCCGGGGUGGAUCAUUUCUAAACCCGACUAAACAACUUUGACCAGGGUGGGGCAAGGGGAGGGCCCUUAGAGGGAUAAGCGUUCUGGAGGGUAAGAGAGUGCAAAAUAGACAACACUUUUUGUCCAAGAUUGCAUCUUUGAACAACCUGGCUCAGUACAGGUAACAAUUUUCAUGCUCUUUAUGCUCUGUUGAGGACUUUACCUGUGCGUUUGCUUCUAUUUAUUUUUUCCCACUGCACAAAACACAUUCCGGGAUAAAGUACGUUACGUUUACAGAAUUUUACCCGUGUAUUCCCAAGUAGUGCUUAUUUCGACGUCUGAUGUAUCUGUGCGGAAUUUUUUGGAGCUGAAUAACGAUGAACAGUUCGCACAAUGGCAAAAGAUUUUGUACCCUAAGCGAUGUUUGUUUCGCUGACAUCUGUGAUCUCGCAGAGACCUAAAUGAUCUAUCAUUACUAGUUUACAAUACACAAAGAUCAAAUGUAAACGGGAUGAAUCCACUAAAAACAUUCAUUAUUGGUGGAGUACAUCUUUGUUACAUCUUCGUUACAUCUUUGUUUACAAGAAGACAUUUGAGUUUUGCUGUCACACGCACGCAGAAGAACUGGAAACUUGACGAUAAUAAACGAACCCCAUGAUUACCAGCGAGACUGAUUAUGUAAACAUCGAUUUACGUCAUUAGCUGCACCAAGGGCCCAAAAAAUAAUAAAUUAAAAAACUGAAUAGAAAAAAAUAAAGAAAUAGGGAGGAGGUAGAAAGGAACCUUUUCUCCCCUUCCCCUCUCCCUACUUCCAUUUUCUUUGCUCUCGCUUCCACUUUCGAGCGCGGAAACGCUUGCUGCCCGAAUAGGUGACGUUUCUCCCGCAAAAAGGUCCCUAGCACUGGGGAGCAAAGAGUUACGGCUGUAUUCGCCGAUCUGAGGGUGUCUGUCGUCCGUUUUGUAAUAUGUCGCUGCCUGGCAGCGUCACCUACAUUCAUUCGUCUGAAUUAUAGUCUAAACAAGGCUAAUUCCGGCAAAAUUAUGUUCUUCGUAUUCAUUUUUAGUUAGCUUGAUGGACGGCCUCUUGGCCUGUGCAUAUUCUCGAGUUUAAGAUGUUUCGAUAUAGGUUUUCAGAGGCCAUACCGAUAUUUUUCAAUCACUUUAAAAGUGAUUUUAUCCUUGUCCGAUCGCUAUAAAAUUUUCACCAGUAAAUGGCUGUGGAUUGAAAUUUGUGAAAAUGUAGUUUUAAGUAAAAUCGAUAAUAUAUACUAUUAAUUUGGACUUUUAUUAGCGCUUUUUUGUAUAUCUCUAAAACGACUCAAACGAAUUUUUUUUUAUUUUUUUUCCCAUAAUCUUCAUAAUGUAUACAAUAACGUCUGAAACUUUAAUUAAGAUUGAUUCACUGCAACAUCUUGAAAUUUCAAGACAAACCUAUCCUACGAUCCUGUCAAAAAUCCGCGCUACAACAUUCAGUGUUUUGACGUUAUGCUAAUUCUUUCAAAUUAAUGCAUGCGGACAAUACAUAUAUCCCUGACUAGUACAUUUCAGUGUGAGCAUUGUCAAUGUUUUAAGUUCAAAAGAUAAGAUAAAUUCACACUAAACUGUACUAUUCAUGGAGGUAUGUAUAGUGCGCAUUAUUUUGGAAAAUUAGAAUAACAUCUAAACAGUGAAUGUUCUAACGCAGAUUUUUGAUAGGUCCGUAGGACAGGUUUGUCUUGAAUUUUUAAGGCGUUGCAGUCGUGAAUCAAUCUUAAUGAAAGUUUCAGACAUUAUUAUAUACAUUAUGAAGAUUAUGUGAAGAGAUUUUAAGCAAAUUCGUUCGAGUCGUUUCAGAGAUAUACAAAAAAGCGCUAAUAAAAGUCCAAAUUUUGAAUGACGUUGCACUUAUACAGGUGGUGAGAAAACGGAUUAGUUUUCAAGAUCGCAAGAACGAAAAUACUCCAAAAUUUCCUAGCAUCAAACUAUGAGAUUAAGCAGCAUUUUCAAGCUACUGAAGAAUAAUUUGAGUCAUUUAUAACGUUUUUAUUGAAUAAUCUAUAACGGCUAUUGAAAAUUUAAGGUAUGAAAUAUAUUUUGAGUCGUUUUAGUCGAAUUCAAACAUACAGAAUUUUUUACUCCUUACGGAGACUGUUUGCUGAACACCAAACUGUGAGUUCCUAGUGUUGGAUUUUCAGUAGCUGGUCUAGUUCACACAAAAUUCGGCUUGUAUCAUUUUCAAAGUUUUUUGUUUAUCGUUAUCGCAGUAACAUCGAUUUUACUUAAAACUAAAUUUUCACAAAUUUCAAUUCAUAGCCAAUUACUGGUGAAAAUUUUAUAGCAAUCGGACAAGGAAAAAAGUCAUGAUUUUUAAGGCGAUUGAAAAAUAUCGGUAUGGCCGCUGAAAAACUGUAUCGAAACACCUUAACCCUGAAAAAUUGCGGCACGUCGUUGCUCUAUGUUUCGCCACGAAUAGCUGGAUGAUGUCUGCAAGAGAUAUAAACAAGUGAAACCAAUUCCUAUUUUCUCUUUCACCCAGAUGUUAUCUCGACUGUGGUAAAACAGUUUCUUUCCCCUGCGAUUGGGAAUAACAGCAACUGGGCUCUGUGUUGGCAGGCCUCCACUCAUGGCUGGGCUGCCAGUACCUUCCACAGCAGAUGUGAUUGGAAAAAUCACACGAUUGCAAUCAUCAAAAAAGGCUCGUACGUGUUCGGAGGAUACACUGAUAUUCCUUGGGGUAAGUGGGUUUUUAUCCCGGGGGGAUGGCUAGUGUAUGAAAGAGUUGGAGAUACUCUUUGGGAAAAUAAAAAUUAAAGCUCUAGAGGACACCAAUCUGCGGGGGGGGGGGGUUAGGCUUUAUUUGACCGCCAAAGAAGGCAACCAACUCCUAGAGCCAAUGAAAGUCAGCCUACUUUUGAGCAAAGGCUCACCUUCUCUACUGCUGAAAUACUCUCAAGAAGAGGACCUUAUGUCGCAUCACCCAAAAAAAUGUGAAUAUAUUAAUCAUCAUGUAGCGCGGUACGUUCAAACUUGAUACUUUAACCAGGGGGUUGAACUUAAAACGAACCCGUUUACAAGACACUCGUUUCAGUAUUUUUGCAGCAUAUAGCUUAUAUACAAACGUAGCAAUCACUAUAACAUCUAUCAUUAUUUUUAUUCCUUGAUGAAGAUAUGGUGGCUUUCUUCGCACCAUUUGGCCUACAUUUCUUCGAUAUAAGAGGCUACCAUCUAUUUUAAGUUUCUUUAAUUGCUUGUGCGCGUCUGAUGAAUUCAUCAUUUCCGAAUAAAUUUUACGCACAUACCCUUGCAGAUCAGAUUGUUUACAAAAGGUCUGAAUUUGAGUGUUCUUCGGCUGUGUCCUGAUCUGUUUAACUCAACAAGAAAGAAUCAAAGUGAUGAGAUAAAUGAACUCAUCACCAAGUGUACUUUUGACUUUCCAAAAAUGUAGGGCUUUGUCCCAAUAACUGGAUUCAUCUACAAGGUUCAUGCUACAAAGUCUCGUCAAAGAGUUUGAACUGGACCGCUGCAAAAUCUGCUUGUGAAGCUAUGGGGUCUAAGCUCGCUAUGGUGACACCAAAAGCCAAACAACAAGCACUUGCUUCGAACAUAUCACAAAGAGUAUGGAUUGGUUUGUACAGGGAUCCCAAAGACGAUUCACGUUGGUUGUGGGUUGAUGGAUCAAGAGCGACAUAUACUAACUGGAAUCCUGGAGAACCCAACGACCUGGGAAGAAAUGAGGAUUGCACAAUGAUGUUUCCUUCUAAUGGAAAAUGGAAUGAUUUAGCAUGUUUCAACAGUCUUAAAUACCUCUGUGAAACCAGUGGUAGGUGAUACGUCAAUUACGUGCAUAAUACUUUGAACUUAUCAUAGUGCACGCAGUGCAUGACUCUAGGAAGCGUGCAAUAUAAACGCAUAAUGAAUUACUUCGCGAAAAAUGGUUAAAUUAUUAUUAUUUUUUUAAUAUUAAAAGAGCCCUAGUAAUCUAGCUCCCUGUAAAAGGGCUCCGAUAGAAUUAAAACAGAAAAAUUAAAGGAAUAGAGUAGUAAGUUUUAAGAUGCUUGGCACAAACAUUAAGGCCUCUAUCGUUUUGCUUGACUUUACUAAAUUGACAAUCGGCAAGAGAGGAUAAAGGAUAGUGUCAACUAUCGCCCAAAGGAGAGGUAUUUAUCAAGGACUAUGCACCAAAUCUGAGAGUGGGGGUGGGGAGGGUGGUGUUUGUUUUGGCUACCGAAUUUGCUUCAUUUCUAUGAUCUAAUGAGAAUUUCUAAAGGAUCAUUGGAAAGGGGAUACCAAAAGGAAAUCGUGAGAAAGUAUACUCGGCUUUGUUUGAAACUUAUUACACCACGGCUUACCAAAAAGAAAAAAAAGCAUAAAUACAGUUGAACCCCAACUGAAACUUUCAUAGCUAUGAGCACUAGAGAGCAUAAAAAGCUGCUCAAAACUGGGAAAAAUUGCAAAUUUGCCAUUUAAAAAGUGUUUCAGAGUAUGAAGAGAUUUUGCUCUCAAGUAGUUUAAGGCCUGGGACUAAGGGGUUUACCUGUGGAAAAUUAUUUAUUGGCUAAAACUUCGGCACAGAGAUCAUGGCAUCGUCCUUAACAUUUUAUAGGAAAAAUAUUGUGUUAAUAAGUCACGUGACAUAUUACGUGACCAUUUUGCUAAAAAUCUUAAAUUAUUGACCAAUUAGUGGCCGGUUUAAGAAAAAAAAUCGAGAGAAACAUUUUUCUAAUUCUUAUUAAAUAUUUCUAAUACUUCAGGUUUCGAAUGACCAUCCAUUGCACUUCAAUAAAAAAAUUAUAAGGGAGAACAUCAUUUAAAAUGCCCUAAUUGGAUCUUGAAUUAUUUAAAACUUUAAUUCUUAACUUUGCGUGCAUUCAUUCCAAACGUAAAAAGUUAGGUAUGUUUAUCUUCUUUCAGAAAUGCCAAUUUGUUUGUCCAAACAAAGUAAAUUCGCCACCAUUCAGUUUUUGGUCACCUGACAUGUCAAGUGGCCAUGAUUAAACUUUAAGGCACAAGAAAACCUCAAGAUUUACUUUUGGCCAAAAAUUCAUUUUUUUCUAGAUCUCCUAGCGAGAGAUAUUGCCAAUCAUUCAUAUGCUCCAAACACAACUUUGACCCAGGCCUUAAACGUCUUGAGUAAUUUUUUUUUUUUCUUUUAGAUAAGAAGAAAUAUGGCGGCUAUUUCUAAUUUAGCCAUAUGGUCUUUGCAAACCUUUAUGGAUUCUUCCACUUAUUUUCAUGGUUUAAAGCCGUGCCAAAAAAAAAAAAAAAAAAAAAUCAGUAAACUGAAAUAUGUCCUAGCACAGUUUUAGCAACAAGUGUCUACUUGCAGAAUGCUAUAACAAGAAACAAAAAAUUUUGUCUAUAAAACGACGGAAAAAAAUAGCAAGGCAAGAGCCUCCUUGACUCCUAAACCCUACCUAUAAUGGCCUAUGCAUGAAGGCUUCUCCCUAAAGAAGUACCUUUUCAGGGUUUAGGUAUAUGCAAGAGUAGAGGUUUCACUAGUUGAAGUAUAUGGAAGGGAAAGAAAAUCUGUCAUUGCGGUCUUGAAAGGACCUAAAAAGGUUAAAAGACUAUGAAAAAGACAAGAACCGUUCUGGUUGAGAGAUUUAUUCAUAUUUAAAAGACGGUCCAUUUACAGUAGCUUAAAAAGAGCAGGGGCACCCAACGAGAAUAUAGUUCAAAACCACUUAAACAUAGAAUUGUUAAACGCAUUUUAGUAUUUAAACGGUAGAUAUAGGCAUAUUUUUAUCCCCUAAAAAUUUUUCAUCUGUUCAGAUUUCCUAGCUGAUAGUCUAGUGAUCCGAAAAUUAUAGGGAUCAAAACUUACCUUUCCGAAAAUUUCAGCCAGGAAAAAGGCUCCCGAAAAUUCUAGGUGACCUUUUUAGGGUAAAAAUCCGUUAAAAAUAGGCAAUUAUACCAUUUUUUAGAUGUUCGAAAAUCCUAGGAGAGGUAGGCAAGCAAGAAAUCUUACAACAAAUGUCCGAAAAUUCUAGAUAUCAAAUCGUCUUCCGAACAGAUAUUUUUCCGAAAAUUGUCGUUGGGUGCCCCUGAAAGAGGUGCAGGGGUACUAUUUGUCAAUGGAAGGUAUACGAUCCCUUUUCUGUCAAGGAAUGGUAUAAAGAGUAUAAUUUUUUUUAGUAUCCCCGGGUCCAGAAGCUGCAAAUUUAGGAAAGACAGUAAAGCAGCAAGGAUCUAUGCGCAACUGGCUAAACGGGUUUUAACCAUGAAAAUCGCAAAUAUGGUAAGGAAAUCGUUAAGGCAAAUGACAAAGGCAAAUUCCGCAAAUUUAGCAAUUAUUGCAAAGAAAAAGACGAUUUUCUAAAACUGGCAGUGCCUAAAAGGUUGACGUUAUCAAAAUUACAAAUGAAAGUGGAAAUUAUCCUCAAAUUAAAUGAACAACCUAAGCGGCUGAAAAAGAACCGGAAAAAAAAAAACAAAGAAAAACAAAUUUAGCAAAACAGACAAAAGUUAAGGCGCACGACAUAAGACAUUAAAGGGAAUAGAAGGGUUUCGUCAAGCUGCAAAUUUGCUAAUAAUAAUAAUCAUCAUCUUUAUUGAGGAAACUUUUUCAUAAAAGAUAUGGUUUUCAAAAAGGACCUCAAAACUAGAUAUAUAUUAUAAAAACAAAAAAAAGCUAUAAAAUUGCAAAGGGAUUAAAAAGAUACAAAAAAUGCAUAAAAAAUUAAAAAUAUGUAUAAGUAAAAAUUAAACGUAAGUAGCUAUAUCAAAAACUUAAAAACAUUACGUUUAAAACUAUUUACAUUCCUCGAGUCUUUGAUCGUCUGACUGAGGGAGUUAAAAUCGGAAAUGGCAUGAUAUUGUGUUCUUUGCUUCCCCAAUUUCUUUUGACACGUGGUAAUCUAAAAUUGCCUUUGUUACGUGUAUUAUGCCUAUCAAGUACGUCUUGUCUAAUCAAGUCCAUAUCGUGAUUAAUUAGGCCAUUGAUGCAUUUGUAUACGUGUACACACCUUCUUUGAAAUCGCCUUUUCUCUAGAGGCAGCCACUUGAGAACGGCUAAUGCCUCAGUGGAGGAUGAGUACAAUGGUCUAUUUAAAAUAACUUUAGCGGCCCUAUUUUGCAAAACUUGCAAACUAGACAUAAGGGUAAUAUUAUGUUUAUCGCCCCAUACUAGAUCAGCAUAUUAAAAAGGGGCAUAACAAGACUUUUAUAGAAAAGUAGACGCGCCCUGAAAGGCAAUAAAUGCUUUAUACGCUUGAGAAGCCCAAGCCUCUGAUUGAUUUUCCCAGUUAGGUGUUUAAUGUGAUCAGUCCAUGUGAAAUCCGAAGAUAUAUGUAUACCGAGGUAUUUAAAGCUGUGAACAUUACUUAUACUAUGAUCUAAAAUUGAAACAGUCAAAUCUACUUUGCUUUCGCGUUUCCUAUUACUACCGAUAAGCAUGCAUUUAGUUUUGUCCAAAUUUAAAGUCAGUUUGUGAUCAUGCAGCCAUUUCGCCACACCCAGUAGAUCGUUAUUUAACUUAUCACUCAACUCCUUUGAGGAUGUACCAUAGCAAUAAAUUACAGUGUCGUCUGCAUAAAGUGACGCGUAGCAGGAGUGAAGCACAUUUGGCAAGUAAUUUAUGUCAAUCACAAACAACAGAGGCCCUAGAAUGCUACCCUGUGGCACCCCAUGCGUGACUGGAAGUUCCUCAGAUAACUCAUUUCCAGAUGAUGUGCGCUGUUGUCUACCAGUUAAGUAAAAACGGAACCAAUGAGGAGCUGUUUCAGAAAGACCGAUCUCGGAUAGCUUGCAUAACAUUAUUUGAUGGUCUACCGUGUCAAAUGCCUUGGUUAGAUCGAUGAACACGGCCCCGCAAAGCUUUCCUUGUUCCAUGUUUAAGAGCACUUCAUCAGCAAAUGAGGUCAAAGCUGUUGUAGUUGAGAAACCCUUCCGGGAACCAAACUGCUUGUUGGACAAUAAAUUAUUGGUAAUCAAGUACUGAUACAACUGCAAGUGUACCGCUCUUUCCAGAAUCUUGCUUGCUAAGCGUAUCAAAAGUACGAGGGCUUUUUCCGACAACUGCCAAGACGAUUGUUAACCAAGAGCUAAGCGCCAAUCAUUUAUCACCAUGUAAUGCAUAAAACCUUCUUGGCCUUUUCUUUAGAAUUUUGUUAAAUUUAUUAUUGUUGCUAUUCUUGCGAUAUUUAUUACCCAUUCGUUUCAGAUAACAAGGAAACUUCUUGUUACUUUUGCGAUUUUUGCGAAAUUUGUAGACUUCUUGAGGCUCUUCUUUGUGUUUUGUCUUUCUAAGUCUAGAAUUUUUUUAAAUUUGAUAUUCUUACCUUUCUUCCAAUAAUUGUUACCCAGUCUUUUUAGAUAACAAGGACAUUUCUUGUUACUUUAGCGAUUUUUGCGAAAUUUGCUGACUUCUCGUGGCCCUUACUCCUAGUGGUUGCGUUUCCUCUUUCUGAGUCUAUAAUUUUGUUAAAUUUGUUAUUCUCGCUAUUUUUUCGAUAUUUACAAGGAAAUGUGUCACAAAAUUUUCUUAUGAAUCAUUUUUUUGGCUAAAAUUGCGAAAAAAAAAAGAAAUGGCUAGCAAUUUUUUGCCAUCUCCAAAGUUAGCAAGGGAGAGGAAAGCCAAUUUAUGGCCAAGAGGUCUGGUGAAACAAGAGCAAAUAGAACUCAAAGAUUGAGAUGAGAUUAACUCUCACGGGAUUGGCUUGCCUAGUCCCUGCACGGCGUCUUCCCAGGCCUUCUCGGUUAAUGCAUUUUGGUGACGUAUCCGAGACCCAAAAACUCGCGCAGACCGCCUGAUCCGAAACGCAUCAGCGGCUCGCAAUACAAAAAAAAAAAUGGCUAAAAAAUUUUUGCAAUCUCCAAAUUUAGCAAGGGAGAGGAAAACCAAUUUAUGGCCAAGAGGCGGGCUGCAUCUACCAUUUUGUUCUCUGAAGAGAACAAAAUGAGAAAGAAAGAAGAAAAAGGCAAGUUAUGGACCGUACAAUUAAGGCAUAGAUAUAUGAAUAUCCCUACAAAGUUUCCGUGAAAUUGUCCCCGCUAGUUUCGUACUUUCCGGGGGCGCCCCUGGUACUCUCAUUUCUUCGAUGAGAAGAUUGAGGGGUUUAUUGCCUAUUUACGUACACACAAUCUGUAUUUAAUCAUCGACCCCCCUUGGAGUUUUUCAGAUUGAAAUAUACAAUCGGAGGAAGCAGAUCAAUAACUCACCUCUUUUUCAAUUGCAGCCGGUUGUUAAUCCUUGUUUUUCUUCCUUUUUAUUACUGUUAUUUAUAGCAUCUGGUUACAGUACCUCUUCCAAGUCGUUUGUGUUCUCUCUCCUGGAUAAAGAAGGGCUUGCACCAUUUAAGAGCAUGGUGACGAAUACAUCAUUUUCGGUUUACCGUGGUUCAAGUUGUGGUCCAACAUUUGGUGGGGGGCAUGACAUAUACAUUGCUGAUAAUGCUAAUCAGAAUGCUAAUUCCUACACUAAUUUUGGUACCUCUUACUCUCUUCCGAAUGGAGUUACCAACAGUUCUACAAUCCUGGCUGGAACCCGUUACUUUUCACCUGACGAGGUUGAGGUAUUUUAUCUCGCUUGAGUUCUGUUGACCCCUUGAUUUCCAUGCGCAGAACUCGUUUGAAAUCAAUGAAAAAUUCACCCCAAAAAUCUUUUUAAGAUAUAUUGCAAAACAGAUCAUCGAAAAGGCCCAAAAUUUUGAGUGGUUAUAAGGUACGGAACCUUAAGAUCCGAGGACAGUCGCGUUGGCGAAAACGCCGCUUACUGUUACACCCCUUUCUUUUGAUAUUCAGUGAAUUUGUCAAAUGUAGGAGAACUCUACUGAACAACCAUUUCAAAGUUAAGAAAGAGGAAGAAAAGUUCAUCUUUGCUUGUUUGCGUCUUCCAGAAACGUAAAAUAGAUUAGGGAUAUUGUACGUCGUAGUCGUGCAAUCGAACGGGCGGUAGAAAUGUACAAAAAGGCGUGAUGCACGCGCAGAGUCGGAGUGAUUAGUAAUCUAUUGCUUUAAUUUCUUGACGUUUUCGCCGCUGCUGCCGUCAUUGGAUCUUUAGGUCCUUAAUCUAAACGGUGUCCCACGGUAGGCUUUAACAGAUUAUGCUCGAAAAAGUAACAUAAUAUAUAUGCUAAUAGCAGUGCUGGCAUAUUUCUAAAAUGAUGCCAAUAAUUAUGCUAGUUUUUGUAAACUAUGCUCAUUUUAACAAAGAAAAAAAAUGCAGAAAUUAUGCCUUUAUUAUUUAGUUAAAAGUUGGUAAAAACAUCUCAAUAGUUAUAUGCAACACUAAAUUAAAUGGCAAAAAGAUUUAUCCUGUUUACAUCUAGAAACCUUUAAGAGUGCAUUCAUUGUCUGACAACUUGGGUAAUCAUCUUGGGUAACCGUGCUUGUUAUGCACAUGCGUUGAUUCAUGUGGAAAGAGACCUGGGUCACCUCCUGUUAGACCAAGGUCCCAUGAAUGUGAUGAUAUAAGCAGAGAGAGAUUGACUUUGUUACUUAAAUUUGCCUGUAACUUUCUUGGUUGCAUGAUCACUAUGACAAUUUUGUGCUGCAAAACGUUAACCAGCCAAAAGUGCAAAUUAGGCUACCAGUGCUUUUUUUCGAAAAAUAGGUGAUAAUUAUGCUCGUGAUGACAAAUUAUGCCAAAAGUUAUGCAAACAAUUAUGCCAGCACAAUCUAUCAAAGCCUAGCUAUGCGACGGUCUGCGACACGAUCAGAACUCUGUCUGCGUCUAACGUUUUCAGACAUCCCAUGGCCAGGACGUACAUCAAAGGCAGAUAUGUGAAUUGUUAGCGACGGCAGUCUUUCCAGGUUUGUUUGAAUCUUUGUGGCCGAAACACAGGUCUGUCGACGAGGCGACGCAGACCGGUCUCCGAUCAGUGUUCCAGAUUACAUUUACCGUGUCAUUUACGCUUCGUUCACACGUUUUCAGAUAUUUUUUAAAACGGAGAGUUUUUUCUCGAUUUCUCUCUCUCUCUUUUUUUUUUUUUUUUUUUUUUUUUUAAAAAACAAAAAAAAAGGAUUUAAAACCGUGAACACGUAGGGUAUUUGAAUCGUUUUCGCCGUCUACAGAAAAACGAGAAAACGAAGGAAAUACAAUGCAUGAUAACAUCCCUAUAGCAUCCCUUACAGAGCAUACGUAACGCUAGUAGUUCAGUGUUUAUGAUGUUUUUAUACAACCUCUUUAAGGUUCCUAGAGGCUGCGAUCCUUUUGCUGACCAAAAGGAUCACGGCCUUUGGGAACGAGAUUGGUUUUUAUAGUAUCUUUAAUACUUUUUCGUCCGUCCACUCGUAAACGAGAAGCUGGCGUUUCUAAAAUCAGUCUACUUCGGAGAACGUUUCUGAAAACCUGCAUUUUGGUGUCCGCAACACCCGCGCCUUUUUUCAAGUGGACGGAAGGCUAAAACGGAGAAAAAUACGUACACUGCACAUAUCAACUUGUGAGACAGAGUCAAUCUGGAGCCAUUGCAACACAAAGGCUGUUAUUGAUCGUAGUAAUCAAGGAUUUAACCCUGUGCAAAUUUUAGUUCAUAAGUUUUGAAAAAGAAAGAGGUGCUUUGCUAAUUCUGCAUGGUGUGAGUUUUAGUUGCAUUUGCAUAAAGCUUACAAAGGUAUGGGGGUCUUUCUUGAAGAGCUAGCUAUAGCUUGGAGAGCUAACUAUUACGCAUGCGACACCUGUUAUACAAUAUCAGUGCACGAUUACAGCCAGUUAUUAAUGACUCCAACCUAGAAAUAUUAAGACUUGUGGUGACUAAUCUCGUGCCCAGAUUUUACAUCUGUCUUGGCCGUGGGAGAUCUGGGUACGAAAUUAAUGCAGUCAAGUAAUGUAACUGAGGGUUAUAUUUCCAGGUGUGAAAGUGUGGCCUAAAGUUUAGUCAGGGUAGAUCCUAGGCGUUCCGUCUUGCCCAGUUGUUGUCGCAAAGUCUGGGAAAGGGUGAGCGCGUCUCUCCCCUCUCGGUUGCGUCACAGCUCACGGCAGAGUCCAGGUUUGAUUGAGCAAAGAACGCCUUAAGGCCUAAAGGUUGUAUUCACACAAUAUUGGAAAGCUUUUGCACUGGCACGAAAAACAUACCGGAUAGGGCGUCUGUUCACACAUAAAAACGGUGAUUUUAGCGCGAUUUCUGUAACGGGGUGAAGCUACGCCUCCCCGAUCUCAAACGUAGAGAGUCACAUAUUGGAUAUGCGUUCACGCUAUACCCAGCUUUUCAUACGGGUAUUAAAUUAACGGUAUCCGUUACAGUGUAAACAAGCCUUUGCUGAAGUCCUGUAACACGAGCUCUAACCUUAACAAUAAAACCCUCAGUCGCGCAGCUGCAACUUCAAUUUAACCUAUCAGGAAAAAAUAAAGGAACUUGCGCCUUUGUGAAAUGUUGUAGUGCUAGUAAUGAUCAAUAAAUGCCUCUAACAAAUUAUUAAAUUAUUAAUUAUCAGUCGUCGUUGUAGUAAGCUGAGAUUUAUUAACUUGUUUGUUAGUGUAGUCUGCACAGAGGAUGCUAAUUUAAGUUGUAAGGCCUGUUUUCAUGGAGGUGGGGGACCCCAGGUAGUUGUUUUUAUAGCAGAGCAUGGAGCCACUUUUCUUAGUCCUGAAAAAUAUGUAUAUGGUUCACAGAUCGACUAAAGUCUUAUGACGAAAUAAGUUAAGCAGGAUCAUCGAUCCGCGAAGAAAAAACGUAGUAUUGUGUCUAAACAAUAAAAUGGAUAAUGGCUAAAUGCAAAAUUCAGUAUACCUACCAAUAACUGAGAAACUAAUUUAAUAAGAGAGUGUAUUCGGCAUGCCAAUCUUAUUUCAAAAGACGAAAUUAUCAUCCGGACAAAUUUCUAAAGAAGAAUACCAGCACCAAUUUUCGAGAAAAUAAUAACAAACAACAAGAAAAACACAAAACAAAGGAUGGCUUUGCACUUCGACUCCUCGAAGCUUAUAAUUUCGAUGCUUUAUUCGCCAUAACCUUAAUCCCCUUUGAAUUUCCACAUGUGAGACUUUUUACUUUAUCAAAUAUACACACGGGACGGAUUUGAUUUCAAUACAUGGGAUUUGUGUGGCGAUUACACUCUUCAAGGUACAUUUUAUUACCUGACUUGGAGAGAUCGAUAUUGGUUAUUUUAUGUUAAAUUUUUCACCUGUCAGGUCACGAAUGUUCCUUGUAUGACAUGAUUCAUAUAAAGUCAUUAAAAGCUCUUGGACUCAACAAGUGCGCAUGCUUGCGAAAGCCAUUCCACCGCACCUCAACUUUCAAGACUGUGAAACAAGAGCAAAUAGAAAUCAAACAUUGAGAUAAGUUUAACUCUCACGGGAUUUGGCUUGCCUAGUCCCUGUACGGCGUCUUCCCAGGCCUUCUCGGUCAAUGCAUUACGGUGACGUACCCGACGCUUGGGCCACCUGAUCAGAAACGCAUCCGCCUCGCACAAUAAUGAGGCAGCUUGAGUCCUAGGCCGAACUAGGCAAGGGUUUGGCUUGGUUACCCAACAUGGCCGUCGUUCAUUGUUUUGGAAAUAAGGCCCAGCGACAUCAAGUAAAAACGCUCCAUACAUAUCAGAGACGAGCUGUUUGAAAAAAUGAGAAUAGCCAUACGUUAAACUUUGGCUAUAUUACAAGCUGGGCGCAUAUGUUAGUAAAAAAAACAAACAAACAAACAACUCUUUUACCUUGAAGCACGCACGUUGUAAUAAAGAGCACAUUCUACAUCAGCUUUUUUGUUGUUGUUCAUUUUGUAAUGUAAUGUAAAUAUCGCUUUUCAGGGAUAAUUUACAACACUGGUUGGGGGACUUUGCCAGACUGCUUAAGGUGCAGUUUUACAAGUAAGAAGGAAUGAGUAAUGAUGCCCCCAUACACGAGGUGUGGAUGUGAGAUAGACCACUAAACCUGGCACUACGUGCCCUGCUCUUUUCGAAAAGGGUGUGGGUUCUUUAACGUCCCACAGAUUUAUUACAUGUGCAAGGGCUUGUGAGACGGGGCCUACGGUUUAUCGUCCUUAUCCGAGAAGACUAAGAAGCCAAUCUUGCGUUUGCAGAUGUUAUUACAAAGGCAGCACUUUCUCGUUAGUUAUUUAAAGAGCCUGAGUCAGUGGUCCGGCCGGGAUUGAACCUACGGCCUCCCGCUCAGCAGACUGGCGCUUAUCCCAUCACGGAGCUAACCGAGCGGCGGUUUUGCUGCCUCUUAGAAACCCCUGUGUUCCUUAAGGUGUUUCGAUAAAGUUUUUCAGAGGCCAUACCAAUAUUUUUCAAUCGCCUUAAAAGUGUUUUUUUCCUUGUAGGAUCCCUAUAAAAUUUUCACCAGUAAUUGGCUAGUAAUUGAAAUCUGUGAAAAUGUAGUUUUAAGUAAAAUCUAUAUUACUAUGACAGCAAUAAACAAAAAACUUUGAAACUGGUAAGAACCGAAUUUUGUGUGAUCUAGACCAUCUACCGAAAAUCCAACACUAGGAACUUAAAGUUUGGUGUUUUAGUAAGCAAUCUCAGUAAGACUAAAGUAAAAAACUCUCUAUGUUUGAAUUCGACUAAAACGAAAAUAUAUUUCAAACCUUAAAUUUUCAAUAGCCGAGAUAGAUUAUUCAGUUAAAACGUUAUAAAUUACUCAAAUUAUUCUUAAGUAGCUUCAGAAUGCUUCUUAAUAUCAUAUUUCGAUGCUGGGAAAUUUGGGUGUAUUUUCGUUCUUGCGAUCUUAAAAACUAACACAUUUUCUCACCACCUGUAUAAGUGCAACUUCGUUCCAAAUUUUAGACUUUUAGCGCUUUUUUGUAUAUCUCUGAAACAACGCGAAGGAAUUUUUUUAAAAAAUCUCUUCACAUAAUCUUCAUAAUGUGUAUAAUUAUGUCUGAACUUUCACUAAGAUUAAUUCACUGCAACACCUUGAAAUUUCAAUCUUUCCAAAUUAAUACGGACAAUAUAUAUAUCCAUGACUAGCACACUUCAGUGUGAGUAUUGUCAAUGUUUUACAUUCAAAAGAUGCGAUAAAUCCAAACUAAAAUGUAACUAGUCAUGGAGGUAUGUACAAUGCGCAUUAUUUUGGACAAAAUAGCAUAACGUCCAAACUGCGAAUGUUGUAAAACAGGUUUUGAUAGGUUCGUAGGAUGGGUUUGUCUUGAAAUUUUAAGAUGUUACAGUGAAUCAAUCUCAAUGAAAGUUUCAGACCUUAUUAUAUACAUUUUGAAGAUUAUGUGAAGAGAUUUUAAAAAGGUAUCUGGAAUGACUGGCUGAAGGCAAUCCAAACCUAGACGUAAGGGACUGGUCAAAAAGUAUAGGUGGGGGUGGGCCGGAACAGAGAGGGGGUGGGUCAUGAGGUUUUGAGCCUUGUGCAAGGGGUGGGUCGGGCAAUUUUCAGCUACCCUUAGGGGGUGGGUCACCCUAUUUUAUUACAUAGAUAGGCACUAACUACUAACGAGACAGUUGACUACACCUGUUACACAAAACACAGCCAGCUUAUUGCUAAAUUAUUGCUAAAAUACUCACAAACUUGUUGUGCGAGAAAAUGCAAAGGGUGACAGGCCGUACAUCUAUACGGACGUGGAACCCUCUGUUAACCUUUCUUUUUUUUGGCCCUAACGAGCAUGUUCUUAAUGAUUUUCCUUUUUUGUAAGGAAAUGAUUGGUGGUUCUUUAAAAAUUUAUUGAAGUUAUAGUUGGUUUUGUAUAUGAUUCCAUAUUUUCAUUCAAGCUUCCUUUAUGGUAGACACUGAGGGCUGGUAUUGUGUCAGGAAUGGCAAUAUUUUUAUUUUCCUCCUUGUUGUUUUGUUUUAGGAGUUUAGACUCCCUUUUGUGAAUUUUAUUUCUGAUAGUAGGUUUUCUAUCAAAGAUUGUGGGUAGCCUCCGUCCAUCAAGCGUUUUUUUUUUUUUUAAUUUGAAUUAUUUUCCUCAAAGGUUGUUUUUGAGGAGUUUUUUCGUAGGAUUCUCAAGGCUUCUCCAUUGACAAAUCCUUUUUUUAACAUUUGGAGGGUGACACGAGGUGAAAUGUGUGUCGGGAAGGUUUCCGUGUGUGUAAAAUGUGUCUUUGCAUCAAGGAUAGAUUUUUCCUUGAAUCUUGCGCGUUUGUAUACAACCGUAUGUAAAAACGCAGUCUCAGUGUCAAAUGUUUCAGCCGUGAAUUCAAUAGUUGGGUGAUGUAAGUUUGCUUGUUCAAUGAAGGCUUCGAUGUCUGGUUUACUCAUGUCCCAUAGGGAAAAGACAUUGUGUAUGUAGCAUUUCCAAACUGUUGUUCUAAAGACAGUUUUGCUUAGAGUUGUUGUUUCAAUAUAUGUCAUGAAAAUAUUGGCAAAGGAAUCAAAACUGCUGUCUUUGUGCCCAUUGCAGUUCCAUGGUUUUGUAGGUAAUGCUUGCUACUGAAGUGGAAGAAAUUUUCUUUGAGGAUUAAUCUAAGCAUUUCCGGCAAGUAAUGUGUAGGAAUGGGUUGUCUUUGAAGAAAUUUUCAUAUGCUUUGUGACAGACAAUUUCAAUAUACCCUCGUUUUGUUGUAUAUUUGUGUCAAAACUCAUAACGUUCAUCGAAACAAGAAAUGUUCGGUUUUUCACAUUUGUCUUUUCAGGGAAAGGUAUGAUUUCUGUGAUUUUGAUAUUGGUUGCAGCAGUAUAUCAACAAAUUUUGUCAAACACAGAACAAGGUAUCAUUGGAUUAUUAAGAGGAAACCAAACAUCCAUGUUGUAACUAGGGGGUGGGUCAUGCAAUUUCCAACCUUGCUUUAGGGAUGGGUCAGUCAUUUUUGUGCCGAAGGGAGGGGGUGGGCCAUGUGUUUUUUAUCAACCAUAUUUCCAACUGCUCCGGCCCACCCCCCCACUAUACUUUUUUACCAGUCCCUAAAUGGACAGAGCAAAUGAACGCCGACCCUCUAAGCUGCAAACUAGAGGCCGUGGCUACGACGCAAAUGGAACAACCAUCGCUUUAUUGUUAUGGGAAGAAAAGAGGUUUAUGAGAAUCAUAAAAGAGCUCUGGAACACGAAAAGAUAUGGCGAUCUCGGACUCUCAAGCCUGAACUUACGUGAUCAAGCAGCUAGACUCGAGAAAACGAAACGACAAAGCACGGGAAACUUACCAUGCGGUGCACAGACUGCGAGGGCGCAGCAAUUCAUUGAAACCGUUUGAGAUGUAGUUAUUAAAAAUAAUGUAUUUCACUGAUUUAAAAACUAUUUUUACGCAGUUGAAGGUAUUUUUAUUAUAUUUUACGAACAAAACCAAAAUGGUCAUAGGCUUAAAAAGUAUUUGAGAUCUAUUUUAAAGCUAUUUAUAUAGUUUUAGAAGGCUUUCCCUUUAUUUGAAACUCAGUUUCGCAUUAAAACUACAUUUCAAACACAUACUUAAUCUAUAUUUUCAGAAAAAGAGUACUGACGGGUAACUCAAACCUUUUUCAAAUACCAUAUUUAAACCGUGUUUUAAAAAGAAUACCGUUCUUUACUAAUUUAAAAUGUAGUUUUUAGAAUUAAGAUACAAAAGUUUGUGUUAACUAGGGUGUUUCAACAUUAUUUUGGACGGAACUUUAAGACCAUUACUUCAAACAGUUCAAAAAUGGCGUACCUGAAACAACUUUUCUGAUUUGAAAGGUAUUUGAAAUGGAAACCUGUUCCAAACCGAGUUUUAAACAAAUCGCAUUAAAAAAAAAAAGGAAUCAAGACUUUUAAGGAAAAAAAAUUCUCGGGCCGGGAAUUUAUAUUUCGGUGACGCUUAUAAAUUUGUCUCUUUUAGUAGUAAAAGAAAAACUUCACUGUUAAGUCUUCAUCAUGUUGCAGUUAAAAAAGACACAAAAUAAGCUGUCAUCGAUCCUGAUUGUAAACUUGAUGAUUCUCUCAACAAAUUUUGAGGCUGAACGAACCUGAAUUAAAUCUCCCAGGAAAUUAAAAAAAGGAGAAGAAAAAAAAGAAAAGGAAGAGAUUUUGAUGCUUUAUAUCGAGUAGACUUAAUUAUUUGACUUACUCAUAAAUAGAAUACGUAACUGUGACAGUGUGCGAUGAAAGAUCAAUCCUCAAUGUUCAUUACCAUGCACUCUGCGAACCACACGAAGGAGCAAAUAUUGCCCAGAAUUUUCUAUUUCUUGAGGACGGCUAAAAAUUUCUAGAUGAUCGUUCUAUUCAUGCACAGUUCGAAGCUAAUCUAAUAAAUUCCCCACCAUUUUCUCAAGUUUAAUUUUUCACAUUUCACUCCUCAGGUUAAGCCAUUUUUCGUAGAUAAAAGGAAACCUAAAAUUUUCGGAUCCCAUAGUGUGAUGGAGAGAGGAAUCAGAAAAAUCCUUACUCAAUCUCGAACGUUUCGUAAUAAGUUACUGCAUGCAUCUAAAUUUUUCAGGAAAAAAAUAAUGAAGCCUUGUAAUUUCGAAAAGAAUCAAGUUCCCCUAGGAUGACCGAACGAAUACAAACCUUAUGGCCCCACUUAGAAUGCAUUUCUAGAGAUCUAAAAGUACUCAGGAUAGCCUGACAAGUUCUUUCAAUGCAUGUAGAACGAAAUCGUCGUUAGGUGCUCCUGACCGGAUGCAUGCAGUCAACACAGAUGUAACUAUAAAAUAAGUCCUAAAUUGCACAAUGAAUAAACUUUCUAAGCUAAGAUCUCACCUCGUUUAUGUUGCUUUAUAAACCACGCUCAGAUAAAUAAACUCCUCCAUAUGGUUUUCUUUUUUUUUUCAUAACUUAUUCAGCACAUGCAUGGCAUUUCACGUGCGACUAAAAUCCCGACCCCGAGCGCUGCGCGCGGUGUUGUGACAAAAGCACGUGAUAUAAGAAACAAGCCAUCCAUUUUCCUUUCUUCAUUAUAAAUUGUAGCGCUCGGCGUUGGAUUGAGCACAUGAUUUAAUUUUUCAUUUAACAAAAGUAUACGUCAACUCUGCAGAUUGUCUGGACAACUAGACUUUAUUUUUAUUUCGAAUCAAAAAUGGCUAUGGCUCCUCGACUUGUACGUAUUUUGAGAGGAUCUGGUGGUCGGUGAACGACUGGCGGUGCUCGGUUCUAGUGCACUGUAUUCCAUGAGUCUUACAUGUUAAUAAAUGUGAGUAUAGAUUAUUCCUUCUUUUUGCAUAACAUGUUACUGAAAUGUUUAAGUAAACUCCAAGUAAGAAAGAAAUGUAUAUAUAUAUAUAUAUAUAUAAUCACAGGAGUUCAGGCUUCAGGAGUAAUCAUUGAUCGUUUAUUGCGACAGUGCUGUUUCGUAUGGUCCGAAAUUGUAGGACCACACUCAUCAGGCAACUUCAACGAUUGACCGUUAAAAUUAAAAGCUGGCAGUAAAUAUAGGGAUGCGUUAAGAGAUAGUAUCUAGGUAACAGAUGGAUUGUGUCUUAGUUACGUUACUCUAGAGUUCUGAAGUACAUAUCUGUUUCAAUGCUCUUCAAUUAAAUGAAUUGAGCGCUCUACGGAAUACGUUCUACCCAGAAUACAAGUAUAUAUAUAUAUAUAUAUAUAUAUAUAUAUAUACACCCGUUUUCAAAAAGGUUUUCAUAUAGAGAGAUAUAUAGAUAGAUAUAUACUUUUGUUUUCUUGCACGUGCGCCCGUGUGCAUUUUUCAUUUGCUAUUGUCAAAGUUGUGAAAAACCUCGGUUCAACGAUAAUUUUUUUCUUCGUCGGGUUCUUUGUUCCAAUUUGAAAAGAACAUUUCGUUUGAGUUUUUUUAGAAAAAAGCAUCCGCCCUGCAAUACAAAUUUGCAAUGGCGAAUUAUAUGACUGAUUUUGGGAAUGAAGAAAACAGCCCGCGAAGCAGCCGAGUUAUGCCGCGUCACCGAAUUGAUAGGCCAGAUGUCAUGGCAUCUGAAGCAACUGGUGAAGCAUUUUUAUUGACGGAGUGUAUUAAAAAAUGCGCUGUCCGGUAAACUAACUUUAAAACAUUUGUGACCGAGAGUUUAUUCUGUCUUCAGUGAGACGUUGCCUUACAGGCCGUGAUUUUACACGAAAAAAGGUGAGACAUUAAUAUGUAUGACCCGCUUAUCAUGGUCAUGGUUAUCUUCUUCUAUGAACCUAGUCAACGUCUUGGUCCGUUUUAAUCAACUGCUAUGUUAUUUUUGCUCCUUCCCACAUAUCCAAUAUCGACAUCCACCGUCACAUCUUCCCUCUCAGAAAAAAAAAAAAAAAUCAGCGGUUUCGAAAACACUUUUUUUUCAUUUCAUCUGCGUUGUUGUAAAAAUGAAAAUCUUUGAUGAUUUUCCCCUUAUCCUGUAAAUACAACAAUCAUAUGACCUACAAUUGACCGAAUUCCGCAUUUUUUAAUUUUCAAAAGAAUGCAAAUCAAGUGAAUUGUAGACAAUAUUCGUGCAUUUGCUUUUGUAUUGACAAAUUGGAACAAAGAACCUGACAAGGAGAGAAUUUAUCGUUGAGGCGAGUUUUUUUAUAAGUUGGACAAUAAGAAGUCAAAAAGGCGCACGGGCGCACGUGCAACAAAACAAAACUAUAUAUCUAUCUAUAUAUCUCUCUCUAUGAAAACCUUUUUGAAAACGGGUGUAUAUAUAUAUAUAUAUAUAUAUCUUCAAGGCUUUCUUUUGAGGGUAGAAACAAGGAUGAUCUUUUAUAUAGACAUUUUUUCUGGCCCGGGACUCCAUGGUCUUGAGGAUGUUAGUAUACAGUUAAUAGACCUUUUUACCGAUACGGCGGCCAUAUUGAAUUAAUUCGAUUUAAGAAGUAUUAUAGGAUGCCCAGGGGGCAUGAGCACAUUUCGUUUGUAUUUUCGAGCGCUUUUCGGGACAUUUUUUCUUAAAGUUUUCUUAGAAUAAGAUUGUAAUGGAAAAAAAGAUCCUUGUGCCGUGUUUUGAUGUAAUAAUGAUCGCCUUUUUCUAGUUUAUUAUUAGAAAUAUGGUCUUUCACUGUAUAAUUCUCGGGAAAAAGGAGAUCAUUAUUACAUUAAAACAAGGCACAAGGAUCUUUUUUCCCAUUACAAUCUUAUUCUAAGAAAACUUUAAGAAAAUAUGUCCCGAAAAGCGCUCGAAAAUACAAACGAAAUGUGCUCAUGCCCCCUGGGCAUCCUAUAAUACUCCCUAAAUCGAAUUAAUUCAAUAUGGCGGCCGUAUCGGUAAAAAGGUCUAUUGACAGAGUGUCCGGGGAAGAAUCAGCUCUCCGGGAUAAAGAAGGCCAGUGGGCCUAUAGGUUGAACUGUAAAUUGACCUGCUUCCAACGUCAGUGGCUUCAUAGCUCAGUUGGUAGAGCAUCGCACCGGUAAUCGGGAGGUCACGGGUUCAAACCCCGUUGAAGUCCUGAAUUUUUUUCAACCUUCUUUACGCAAUUGCAUAAAUUGCGUUCACUGCGACGAUCAUUUCUUCAUUUUCAUUUUGAUUUCACACUGUCACGUCGUAGUCCUCUUUCGUUCUCGUGUGGAUCUGAAAAGUCCUGACGGUGUUUUGUUGUUAUGUAGUACUUUAUAAGCUUAAUUUUAGCCAGUAAUUAAUGUUCAGGCCUAGCUUGCAAGCUUCAUAAUGAUACUGAAAUUUAACCGUUUCAUACAAGUUCUUCGGGGUAAAGUGAAUAUAAUUCCUACUAUAUGAAGAUUAUCAGCAUUUCUGUCUGAAUAAUUUUCUUGAGAAUUUCCCGAAAAUUCUGAGGAGGAUCAGCGUAAAGGAAUUCUAAGAGAUAGAAGAGAGGAGACGGUUUGGGAAGAGUCGAGAACCACUAUAAACCCCGACGCCCGCCCUUAAUGGAAUAUUUGAAACCAACGCUAGCCGCACUUAACGUUAAGUGCCUUAUUCUUACGAUCUUACAGGAAAAUAGAUGACUGUGAGUGAUGGAUGGUUCAGUGGCUACUGUUUCAUUUUGUUUUAGUUGUUUAUACUGCUUGCUGUUUGAAGUUUUAGAUUUGUUGCAGUUAUUUAUUUAUUUAUUAAUUUUUUUCUCUGUUAAUUUUUAUUUUUCCUUUGUUUCAAAUUCAUUAGCAACAAUACCAUACCCAAAAACAAUGAAAAAAUGAAAAUUAACUUAGAUAAAAAAAAAAAAAAAAAAUACUUCAACAUAUAUGUGUAUUUUUCCUGCUUUAUAAUCCUCUCUUGUGUUGUGCUUAAUUUGAAUACAGCAUCCUUUGAUGAUGAUAAUAAUGAUGACGAUGAUCAUUAUUAUUGUUAUCAUCAUCAUUUUAUUAGUAGUACAAUUAUUAUCAUUCUUAUAUUUACAUCAGUUAAUUUUUAUUUUUCCUUUGUUUCAAAUUCAUUAGCAUACAUUACCAUACCCCAAAACAAUGGAAAAAUGAAAAUUAACUGAGAUAAGAAAAAUUUACUAGAACAUAUAUGUGUAUAUUUCCUGCUUUAUAAUCUUCCCUUGAUCCUUAAUUUGAAUACAUACUUGCUUAAUUUCAAUACAACAUCCUUUGAUGAUGAUGAUAAUAAUUAUUGUUAUCAUCAUCAUUUUAUUAAUAGUAUUAUUAUUACUAUUAUUAUUAUUAUUAUUAUUAAAACUAUCAUCAUCAUCAUCUUUCUUUUGCGUAAUCGAGUGUUUCUUAACAGGUGUUUAACCGUUUGUUUUUCUGGGCAAACCGUUUAUUCGUUCACGGCCACCAAAACCGUCCAGCCGUUCUUCUUCAAUUCUUCUUUCGUUUCUUUAUUUUUUUAUUUGUUAACUUUCAUUCAAUCCUUUCUCUUUUUAUAUCCGUUUUCUUAUACGUUCAGUUGUCGUGCGUUUUGAUGAAGUUUUACUGCCCAUUAUCUGCUUGUAGCAUGAUACUUACAAUUUGUAACCUUCAAUAUAUAUGAGCUAAAUACGUUCCUUUGGAAAGUUAAGGUACUUUCCUUGGGUUAGCCAGUACCCUAGUGUGAUUUGUAGUGAAUCCUUUCAUAGGAAAGUACCUAUUUUUUGCUACUUCCCUGUUUAGUUAUUCUAAGGAGUGAUUGGCAUAUUCAAGUAAAGCCCGCUCAGAAUCUCUAUUUUUUUGUUUUAUUUAUAUCCUAGUUAGUAUAAGUAAUAGCAUAAUUUGUAGUGAUAUUUGACUUAAAUACGGCGAGUGAUAUUUCGAAAUUGUAGCCGGUAGGCGAGUGAAAUUUUAGACCAUUUUGAAAAAUCACGAGUGGUAUUUAUGCCAAAUAUAACGUACAAAUUAUGCUAUUAUUUGUUUAUACUACAACCCGCAAAGGAUUUUUAAUUUUCACAUGUAGGUAUGUCAAAUUAAACUGAAAUACCUUUGCUCUGAGCCAAUAAAAUUACAGAAAUGUCUCAGGUAGUAAAUAAAUAUAAUGCAGGGUAAUUUCAACCAAACUCAGCGUGGGAGAAUUAAGGGCAAAAUUGGUCUCACUGGUAACUUGCCCCGCAGUAACUCAUACAAGAAAAUUAAUUGAGGAAGUUCUUGUUUUAUCCAUAUUAUGUUGAUAAAACGAUUCCUAAGUUCACCAAUCACAAAGCUCCAUUUAAGAGCUCUCAGUAGCCCCGAUCACGCUCAGAGAUAUUUUCACCUGGUCCAUGGAAAUUUUUAAAAAACAGUUAAGUUGGAAAUACGUGUGCAAAAUUCAACCUGCCGAUAAAUUGCCAAUAGUCUUGAAACAAAGAUCAUUUUCUUUCUUUCUUUCUUUUCUUUUUUUUUUUUUUUUGGUCGUUAAUGGAUAAAUAUUACUAAAAUGGAAAGCAAGGUCUAUUUAACCAGUCUUGAAACUUGAAAACUGCCAUGAGUUGAAGCAUAAUAUUUUCAACAAUAGUUCAUUAAUAUUGAAGUUAAUUGGACUGUUCGCCUGGGAGGAAAUAUUUGAAAGCACUUUUUAAAAUGUUUAGUUUUUCUUGAAUUAAUCACUUGUAAGUGUGGACAUAUUGAUCUCCCUCUAUCUCUUUCUCCCUCUGUCUUGGAGAUAAAUCGUUUGAAGAACGUUUUUUAAACUUUUUAGUUUCUAGAGUUAAUUACUUUCAAAGGGAUAAUAAUCCGCUCGCCCUCUAUCUUUCUCCCUUAGUCUUGGGUGUCUUGAAGGAGAUUAAUUUGAAAGCAGUUUCUAAACUUUUUUGUUGUUUAAUGUUUAGAUUUAUCCACUUGCUAAAGUGAAAAUACUGCUUUCUCUUACUCUGCGUAUGUGUCUCAUCAUUAAAACAAAUACAAUUCCCUAAAUAAAUAUGUUUUUACAACAAGACGAGUUGCUAAUUAUUUAUUGAUGGCUAUUGAUUCACUCCGAUAAAUAUUGUUUAAGGUUAAGCGUAAAAACGUGUACUGAGGCGACAUGGUUGUGAGAGGUGGGUGUUUGUUUGAAUACAGUCUAGGCAGAAUUACCUAGAAAUACUGCUCUCUCUCUCUCUCUUUCUCUGCAUCAAAAUUCAUGAAAUCCCUUCAGGCAUUUUUGAGACAAGCCAUUUGUUCUAGGGUAAGGUUUUCAGACACAUUUUUAUUAUUAUUAUUUUUUAUCAUUAUUAUUUAUUGAUGGCAAUUGUUUAACUUGUUUUGUGUUCGUAUAACGUUAAUUACACAUAAAGGGCAUAGUUAGGAGAUGUGGGUGCUUGUUCUCAUGCAGUCAAUUUAAAGACUGAAUUAGACAAAUGCUCAAACUCAACUUUCCUAUCACGAGAAGAUGGAAAGACUAGUACUUCAGAGAAACUACUUGUUUCUUUCGUGGAUCUUUGUCACCUUUGCGACUAAUUCUCAAGGUAAAUAGACUCUAUCUUUUAUUUCCUUUAUUGUAAUUUUUAUUAUGACAUGAAAAAUGAAUCUUAUAUUUUCCCCCUCUUCUUUUAAAAAGCUUUCAGCCAAGGAUCGAUUGGCAACUUUUUCUAUGUCAACUUCAUGAUAAGUGAAUUUUCCUACCUGAAUAUCUCCAGUAUUGGGCGGAAUCUUAUUCAAGACGAAAGCGAUUGUGGAUACGCCUGUUUAGAAAUUCCAUCGUGUUUUUCUUACAACGUGGCUGCUUUCCCUGAUGUCAACAACAAACGUCUUUGCGAACUCCUGCCAUCGGACAAGUUUAACAACUCAGAAAAGUUCAACACCAGUAAAGAGUUUCAUCACAUCUAUAUUUCGGUAAGUCAAACUAAUUGUUCCUUCCGGGCAAAAUAAAUAGCUUCUUCUUGUUUGUUUGUGUGUCUAUUUUCUUUUGACUCUCCCUAGUUACAAAAGUUAGCAUGUGUAAAUAAAAAUGUACCUCUUUGAUUGGAAAAUCUUGAAUGCAGCAGAGGAUUACAUUGUGAUUUUAAUGCAAAGGAAUUGAGUAAUGAGUUUGGGUAAGCCUUAAAAAAAGAGUUAAAAAUGAGUUACCGGUAAACCUUCCAACUCUUAAUUUAACCAUCUGCCGACGCCCGAGCAUACUUGAUGAAAUCGAUGUAUUUAUCUUCGAAUGGCCUAAACGUUAGUGAGGGAGGAGUUGCAGACAGAGCUCUCGACUGUUUUAUUUGCCGAAAAAAGGCGUUUAGUUCGCAAAACACAUUUUUCUUACCAUGAACUUUCCUCAUUUAUUUGUUUGCCUAUAUUUGGCUUGCCUUAAAGUUACAGAAACGUUUUAAAACUCCUAGUUUAGGCUGAUCUGCUGCCGGUUAAAUAGAUCAACUGUAUCAGGACAACGUCUUGAAAUGCAAAUUUCUGGGUAAAUGAGACAGCGUUGACUUUCAAAACCUCACUAAAAACUCAACUAACCAAAUCCAGUGGGGAGUGCAAAAGAUAAAAAUAUAUAUUGCUAGCCGUCCUUAAUUAUAUCGAUGUCAUUUAAGAUUCGACUUGUAUGUCAAAUUGGUUGCUUCUUGACUUUACAAAACAAAGCAAAAGGGAAACAAAGAAAAUUUAAUCCCAACGUUUCCUUACUGAAAGUUAACUGAGGCCCCGAAACUUUCUCGCACUUUCUAGUGCUUUCCUUGUUCUGUUUGGGCAUUACUAUGGCAACACAAAGCACCUAACCUGUUCACCUAUGGGAACAUUCAACUGAGGGAAUUCGUAUCCAUUAAACGUUCCAGGCAAUAAAGGGAUUUAAACGAGUAAACUGCCUUGUUGGAACAAUUUUAAUUGUAUCUUGUUCUUCUUCCUUUUUCACAUAAGCGAAGCACUUUGCCCCUAUAACGUUUGCCUGAUUCAAAUGGGAUAUUGCCAUAGCAACGCACAUUUAAAGAUAAAAUAAUGAACCGUUCAUGUUUCGUUGUUAUAAGAAAACAGCUUUUGUUAUUGCGUCACAAGAAAUACAUGUUUCUAACGGUAGAAGUGCUACACUAUGAAAAAGCAAGCAUCAAGUUUUCUCAAAAAAGGAAAACAAUAAUUGAGGGACUUAUCAAAGUCUGUUUUACAUUUUUUAGAGAUGCGCAAAAUUCCCGUUACUUGAUCUCAUUUUGUUAUUUCCAUUUUUUGUUAUUCUUUUCCUUUCUUCGUCCUUAUUUCGAGAAACACCUCGAUUUUUGAAGCCUGUUACAGGCUCCGAGAUAGUAGUGCAGCGAAAUCAGGGACAGAGGGCCCCUUUUUUUUUCCCCGCCGCUAUCCCCUUUCCUAGAUCGCGUGCGUCUUAUUUUUAAAUAGAUUUCUUCUUUUAUCUUACCGACGUCCUUACUCUGAGAUCCUACUCAGUAUACCCGUAAGUUCAACAUGGAUGAUUGAAAACAAGCUUAAAAUUUCGAAUUUAUUAGGUUUGCACAAAAUCUAGUUAUUAGUAGAUUUCUUGAUGAGUUAGUACACAACUUACAAUUUGUUACCCCCACGUUUUAAAACAACUUAACCAAAUUUUAACAGUAUUUAUUUUUUUUUAAGAAAAUAAGACAAAAAGUAAGCAUGUUCAACAAUUAAGCACUCGUUGAGAGCACGCUACAUUUAUAUAUCAAAGGCGACGAAAGCAGAUAAGAAUAAUUUUUUGCUGACAAUAAUUUAACUUCUCGUCAUUUUCCUAGUAAGUGUCUCCUCGUACUUUUUGUUCACUUAUUGGCUGCAUAUCUCCUCCUGAUAAAAAUGUUAACAUUCUCAUAAAGGUGAUAAAGUACUUCUAUAGAAACUGUGUUCAGCCUCCUUAAACUCAUGGUCAACUGAAAGUCAGGAGGAGAGAAUUGUGCCCGAAAAAAUCGUUUGAAUUCUUAGAAUGCAAGAAAAUGCAAUUUAAUUAGAUAAAGGAAUUUACAAAGUAUUAGGAAUAUAAGAUCGAAUUUCGUUAGAAUUCGUAGAAAAACGAAGAAAAAAUGCAUUUAAAAGAUGUCCUGACCAGCUACGAAAGAAGCCAAGCAGUGGCUCUUCAUGCCAUCGUUAGGCCACUCGCCGAUAUAUAUCUGCAGCCUGUUCAUCCUACAAAGGCUGCGUCAAAAGAAUGCCUUGACCAGAAGCAACUAGCUGAGAAUACAGGCUGUUGAACCCACUCACUGCGGCAAUUAAUGCAAGCAUUAGAUAUAGCUUCUGUUCUCGUUCAGCAAAACCAGCCGGCGGCUCCCUGAAAUAAUUUGAUGAACAAGCGAGUUAAAUUUAUAUAAUUACACCAGCUUAUUGCAUGAUAACCGAAGGCAGGAGCCCAUCAAAUGGAGCCUCUAUCUCCCAUACAAGCCCUUGGAGUCAACCCUUUCCCGAGUAGAUUUAUAAUUAGAACGGUUCCCAGGGGAGACUUCGCGCGCCGACGGUGGGAAGAGUCAAUCACAACGACGUAAUGACACUGCUAUUGUACUUCAUCAAACAGCAGGAAAUUCGGUGUUGACAGGCCAAACACAAUCAUAAGCUAGUGAAACGUGACUUUAGCGUUUUCAUCCCUCAGAGAUUUUCUUUCUUUUCUUUCUAGCGGGUAGAUUAUACUGUGGAGAGUUUUAAACUCUGACUAUGUUAAUCUUCAUUUUGGUUGCUUGUCUCACAUUAAGAGGCCAUGAAGCUGGUCUAUUACAUGCGUAAUGAUUAACUACUACCUGCAGUCUGUAGUUCUGACAGGAUUCGUUUUCUUAAGCCAAUCUUUUGAGCGUUAAGGUUCUUAUUUCGGCUAAAUGACUCAAUAUUAAUCAAAUUUCUAGUUUUUCAAGUUUUUUUUUUUUCCCAAAUGCGUUUAUGUGAAUAAAUACUUGUAGUCCUUGUGGUUGUUUUGCCCGUCAGCUAGUGUGAUGAUUCCCUGCUAUGUUUUGUAACGCCGGGCCCAGCUAUUGUUUUCUCGCGAAAAAGUGAUCUACAGAUGCGAAUUCGAAGGAAAGAAUUGGUAUAAACUUCUACAUUAAUUGCGAGAAUUGUCCUGUUAGUCAGUCAUAAUUCCAGUUUGGCGCAGAUACAAUCCAUUUUGUUUUUCUUGAGACAAGUGGGUCUUUGGACUGGAGCGCGAUGUCACAAAUUCCUCCGUUAGCAAAUUACUUUUGAGUUGGCUUCACGGUCGAGCAACUGUUGAAGUGUUCUCUUCUGUUCAACUUUUCAAGUGCCAGUUUUAUCAGCCAACUCUCACGGUGAUACGUACAAGUCAGUUGUAAGGGAAGACUGCAAUUUCUCAAAUUUCGGAACUGAAGCAUUCCUCCUUAGUUGUUACUUGGGUCAUCGCUAUUGCACGUGGUGCUUAACCGGCGAAAUCCACUCCACGGUGAUGACAAAAAUCAAAUGAUCCUGGCACUUUUUCGGCGCUGAUCAUCGAAAAGUUCCAAAUCGUCCACAGAACGCUUAAUCGUCGACUCUUUUCAAGGUGUAUGUUUAAAUGUGGGAUGUAUGAUGGCAAAAAAAAAAAAAAACUCGCAAAGAUAACCUUUCCGUGAUCCUCAGUUCGCUGCCUUUGUCCCAUCGCUUCAUGCUCAGUCAGUCAGCGGGUAAUUCAUUAACUUUUAUUUCAUGAUACCCAGAUCACAGCGGCUGUAAAAUUGUAAAAAUGGACGUAUAGUAAAAAAGAAAACGGUCGAAGGACGGGCUUCUGAGUUCGACUUCAUCCAACUUCAUUUUUUUUUCACGGUGACGUACGAGACUCAAGGAAAUAUGACACUUUUCGCGGGAAACAAGCCGUUCUAUUUAUAACUCUAUUCGGGAAAGGGUUGACUCAAGAAAUUAAUGGAGAUGGAGGCUCCGUGACGAGAAAGGAGAAUCCUGAUGAUUUUUGAAAGUGUUCACCGCUAAGAUGUUUUAUUUAUUUAUGUAUUUAUUUUUCAUUCAGUCAGUCCGUUCGCUUAGACUCAGAUAUGACUCAAUGACAGCAGUUUGCUAGCCUGAAAAGUGGAAGUGCCUUUCUGUUUUCUCAUUUGUAGUAACAAAAUAAAGUCCGGAAGAUUCAUCGAUAUUUUGUGGGUAUUUGUACUAAAUAAAACAAUUAUUCGCACUUGUUCCAUGGAGAUAUAUAGCCAACCCAUACCCAACAACUCGCAGGUGGAAUAAUUGUGUUACUUAAUGCUACAUGUAACUAAAACUUGGGGCUCAAGUUGGUCGACGAAACUCAAAAGCUGAAUUUGCCGUAAAUUCAGCAUACGUCUAAUAUGGAUAAAUGAUAUGCGUCACGUUACUGGAUUAUGUUUUGACUUUGUCAUGAAAUGGUCUUUACUUACAGCAGUAUCCUUUCCUUUGUGUAGUCUCCUUGUGACAGUUCUCCCUGUAAGAACACAGGAAAAUGCAUUUCGCUGUACCAGGAAAAUGGAUAUAACUGUAUCUGCGUGGAAGGAUUCACCGGGAAAGACUGCGAAACGAGUAAGGAAUACUGAGUUGAAACAAUGUUGCCACUAACUAUAAUACAAUCACAGGUGACACAAUUUUAACGUACUUUGCAAGUGGGAACGGUAAUUAGCAUCAAGCUGAUGUUAGGUAUUAUAUUAUUGACUUUUACUUCUCUGAGCUCACUACAAUAAAAAAAUAUCUAAGUGAGAAGAUUUAAAAACUACCUUAAAAGAAAAGUCGACCAAUAAGUAUCACGCUGAACUUUUACUUUUCCUUGUAGUUGCCCAACCACAAAUUUCAAUUUCUCUGCUUGAUCGAUAAAGUGACUUAUUUAUAGACACGUUUCUCCAUCAACCUCUAGAACAACAUUUACAUUUACUAGCUGUGUUUUGACUCUUGCUGAAGUCUAAUGUAGCUUAGCUGAAAGGUACAAAUAAUUUUUUUUUUUUUAUUGAAUAUCUUUCAUCCUCUCUCCUGCAGAUAUAAAUGACUGUGUCAAUAUUACUUGUUUGAACAACGGAACUUGCAUCGACCUAAUCAAUGGCUUCAACUGCAGUUGCCCUCCAGGAUUUGCCGGCAACCGAUGCGAAAUUGGUUAGAUACUUGUUGCUGCUAUUUGCAUUGCAUUUCCGCCAAAACGCAACAUGCUGUGUAUCCGUUUAAACACCCAAUGUUGGACGCUGUUGAAUGCGGAUGGCUGAUAAAUAUGGCUCAAUUUUAAAUCCUACAUGUGAAUGAUGUUAUACCAACAUAUGUUUUUUCUCGGGCGGCUCUAGGGUCCACCAGAUAUAUGUUUUGCAAUUUUAUUGACCUCGAAUUCCUCUUGGUCCAUGAAAAUGCCGAAAAAAAAACUUGGCCAAUAAUAUUAACGUAUUUAUCUUGGCUGAACAACUUUUUUUUCUUUAGAUAUAAACGAAUGUGAGAGCAGUCCUUGUUUUAACAACGGAACAUGCACUGACCGAAGCAACGGAUUCAACUGCAGUUGUCCACCAGGAUUUUCGGGCAACCGAUGUGAAAUUGGUGAGCUGUGUUUAGCUGUUAUUUUUAUUGUUUAUCAGCUUGAAAAUCUAUACACUAACUGACGGUGUUGGUCUUGCAUGUUCAUUUAAUGUUGUGUUUUUGAAGAAGAGAUCUAUUAGCAUUUAUAUUUUUCUUCCCCAACUUCCAAUUCGUUGAGGUUUAUACAGCUAGUAAAGAACCCUCCGUAUAUAAAAGUGGGUUUUUGUUUCUUUUUUUGUUGCAGUUUAUCUGUGAUUAUUGUUUCCUUUAGAUACAAACGAGUGUGAGAGCAGACCCUGUUUAAACAACGGAACUUGCACUGACCGAAUCAAUGCAUUCAACUGCAGUUGCCCGCCUGGAUUUUCUGGCAAUCGAUGUGAAAUUGGUUAGUAUAGUUACCCUAUAAUGACCUCGUAAGGUUAAGACGUGAUCAAGUGUGAACGCCUAUCCCUCACUUCAGAAACUUCAAAGAAAAUGGGUACAACCUUUGGGAUCAGUGAUUUCUGGGAUCGUUUGGGUGGGCAAGAGUUAUAUAUGAUUGGUCGAUGGUAUUCAAGGCAACCAUUAACCAAUCAUAAACAACGCUUGUCCACCAAACGAUCCCAGAAAUCGUUAGACCAAGAGCUGGUAGCCAUUGCCCUUAUAGUUUCUGUUAUAGGAAAUUACAUCAGUGUGAAAGCAGCCCAUAAUUGUCUCACGCAAGGUGAAAUUUACGUAAAGCCCAGUGCAAAUGGACGCAGCAUUGUUGGAUGUUACAUGUUAAAAUAGCGUCCGUUUGCACACCCUGUUGUAUGUCGUUGCGUGUGGUUGGGAGUCAUUGCACAAAGUUUGAAACCGGUCAAACUAUAUGCCCCGUGCAAACAGACGCAAUAUUGCUGGCCAGCUCCUCCCAACAUUGUUGGGAGUUGUUGCGUCCAUUUGCAGGUAGCUUAAUGAUUGCUAUUUUUGGUCUCUGAUUGCACUUUGCUGGUGUCAAUUGACUUCUGUGCUGUAAAGAAAAAGAAGUUUACUUUGAUAACAUCUCCCGCAUAUAUAAACGAGUGUGAGAGUAGUCCCUGUUUGAACAACGGAAAUUGCACUGACCGAAUCAAUGCAUUCAACUGCAGCUGCUCUCCAGGAUUUUCCGGGAAUCGAUGUGAAAUUGGUCAGAGCAUCAGUUUUAGCUAGCUACAAUUUUGCAAUUUCUUAACCUUAAUUAUAGAAGGACGUCCUAAUUUUGACGCGUGCUUUGAUAUCAUUCUGUUACAGACAUUGUUUUGUGUUUAAACCUUUAUUAAGCGAUUUAUUAGUUCGUACCCUGAUUGGCAGGUUACCCCUCUGUCAAACUCCUCCAGUGUUAUCUUCUAGUACAUCUUCCAAACAGCUAUUUCCUUAUAGAGGAUCUAGCCUGAUUUCAUUUGUAUUGCCAAAGAUUUCCAGUGUGAUUGACUAAAUGUUUAUCGGCGACGUCAAGUGCAUUCAUUAUUCUGGAUUGUAGUUUCUUCUGCAAGCUAGUUCUUAUCUUAAAAGUUUUCAACACAAAAUUAUGUACCUCGUCCUCCUUUUGAGUUAGCUUGAUGGACGUCCUUUUGUCGCCUGCACAUCCUUUCGAAAAAACUUAUCCCUGAAAAAUCGCCACACGUCUUCCCGUAUGUUUCGUGCACGCAGAUGGCUUGAGAAUGUCCCCAGCAAAUUUACACGACUGUGCAACCAAUCAGUUCCAUUUUUCUCCUCCACCCUUAGAUGUUAUCUCAACUGUGGUAACACAGUUUCUUUCGCCUUCGAUUGGGAAUGACAGCAACUGGGUGCUGUGUUGGCAGGCCUCCACUCAUGGCUGGGCUGGCACUACUUUCCACAGCAGAUGUGAUGGAAAAAGCCACACAAUUACGGUCAUCAGAAAAGACCCGUACGUGUUUGGAGGAUACACCGAUAUUCCUUGGCGUAAGUAACUUUUUCGCGGGGGGGCGGAGUCCUCAAAAUAAAAAUUACACCCCUAAAGAAACCAAACUGCUGUGGCUUAGGCGCUAUUUGACUUAUAAUAAAACAAGCAACCAAUUCCAGAACCCAUCAAGAGCUCUAAUGGUAUAAAUCACCUUGUGCGAAAUACAUUGAAAUUGAAUGAAGUAUUCGAUACAAAAAGGCGGCCAGUUUAGUUGUCCUUUACACAGUUAAGGCUGCUCGCAGUCCCUCAUUUCUGUUUAAUAUCAGUCGAGUUCUCAUCACGGCGAGCAAAUAGACAAAAAUGGCUCGUUUUUAUGACGCUUUUUUCUCGCGGUUCGCAUAUAUGUGUUAGUGCCACCUUUGCCGAACAAGAAAAGAGAGAGAUACUCGCAGUCUAGGUUUCUUUUGAUAUUUUUUUUUACGCGCUGUUCUAAGCGAUAACUGUAUGGAUAAAAAUAUUAGUUCUCCGUCCUGGACACGCUAUAAUGCGACCAAAAUCUGCAAUUUGCAUUUCUUAGCGAGACGACAAGCAUCCCCCCUCCCGGUCGGUAUAUUUACAGUUUUGUUUUGUUUUUUGUUUUUUUGUUUUCUUUUUUUGCCCUUUUGUGUUAAUUGAUUACAAAAAAGAAUUUGCAAAAAAAAACAAAACAAAACAAAAACAAAAACAGACAAAAAAAAUGCCACUGACCAGAAACGUACAGUAGGUGGAUACAAUUAUUUUAGCUACGAUCACAUUGAGGUCCUAACAACAGUUAACUAUAGUUUAAUGUCCAAGUCACGGUAUUUGAGAUAAAUAGCAAUCUCUUUGGCAUGUCUAUUGACAUGGUUUUGUCAGUAGACACCUGGAGCUUGUAUGUUUUGGUUUGUUAAAUUAAAGUUAAAUUCCCCUAGGACCUUCAUUGGGAAAAACAUAAAACUUAAAGAGGUCUUUAAAUAGUGGGUGUCAUUUACGUACCUGUAACACCAACAGGGGUUGCUGUUCCAAUAACCUUUUCUUUUGAGUAUUCUGUUUAACCAUUAUAUAGCGGAUGAAAGACUGAUAGCUAUAUCACCUGACUCUGCUUAAAAAACUGUGUUCUGUCGACCGAGGAAUAACCAGCUAAGUGAGUGAGUUGUUUGGCACAGCUAUCAGAAAUAGAGCUUGUAUUUCCAACAAUGGGCUUUAAACAGAAGCUCCUGUAGUAAAGUAAUUCCUUUUUUGUGGAUCUUGAACAGCCCGUAAAAUUUGUGCGGGUGGGAAGAGAAGAGCGUGCUGUGUUAAGGAUACCAAGGGGACUCAUCCACCCGCCCCCUUUGAGGCGUGGUUCUCGGAAGUUAGAAAAGAUUUUAACGUUUAUUCCACUUGGCAUUUUUUCGUUAUGAAUUUAUAAUGAGUCAUCGGUUAACAGUUAAUAACGGCGCUUUAGAUACAAGAAGGAAUCUGGAUCCAAUUAACUUUUGCAAAGACUUCUGAACUGGCUACUAGGGACAGGGCUCGUCCCUAGUAACGAUCCCAGAAACAAUUGCGGGACGCAUUUCGUCUCCAGUUUCAUUUUCGUUUCUAAAGUGGCGAAAUUAAUUUUGCUAAGAAAAGCCUUUCACUUCGAGUUUACUCGUCUACGUAUAACUUGUACCAUUGGCGUGGCUUAUAAACCGAUGAGGAGAUAGUCGGUGGUAAUAUUUAUAAUUAACAAAACCUGGCUUUCGGAUCAUGUUUACCACCACAGUCGACAGAACAAUAGGACGUCAAACGUACAGCUGAACCGCAGAUAGAAUGAUAUAGGAGGUUGUUCGAGGGGCAAAUUCGGGGGGGAGGAGGAUAGUCCCUUAUAUGACCUAUUGCUGCUUUUCACAUGACGUCACUAAAAUUCAAACUACAAAACUAUCGAUAGAACAGAUAUUUUACUUUCACGAUGUAUUAGAGCAGCUGAAAACUAAUUUUCAUACGAAUUUUCGCUUCAAAAGGAGUCUUGGUUUUGUGAUAGAUUACACUUGAAUUUCUAAGCUUAUGCGUGACGCGGCAUUUACAUGACGGCCAAGAGAGCUGUCAUGUAGGUUAAAGAAAUUACUUCUUUCAGGGAAUUUUGCUCUCUAAACAGUUCAUGUAGUAGAAAAAGUAUUACUUUAAUGUUCCUCGAAGAAUAACUCACGCUUUUGCAGCAAAACUCGGUAACAGAUGUUUCUGUUGGUUUCCGUCCGCCAUGUUGGUGCUCAUCCGGAUGGACACCAGCAUGGCGUCUCCAUACAAAUCUCUAUUAAAUUGUGAAAACAUUUCUUCGGAUAUCUCAUAUACGAAAUAUUCCUCUAACCUGAAUCUUGGCGAGGGUCUUUGCAUAUUUACCUCCUUUCAUUUGCCAGAUUCUGGACUUUAUCUAUUGGACAGUUUUGAUUUUUAUUUUGAUCUAUUUUGAAUGGCGUGACAGCAAUACGGGGAUGUGCCGCUGGACAGGGUAUGGUUUUCAUCCUUUCUGUCCUCUACAUUGUAUAUAAUUUUGCUUAAAAUUGAAGGCAAGACUGAUUGGACAGAUAAGAUUUACAAAUUUAUUUGCCCAAUAUUUUGACUAGACAAAACUAGUCUUGAUCAGGGGCUCAGUAGAAAAGCUAGACCCUGAUGAAGACCAGUGUUGUCUAGUCGAAAUAUUGGGCAAAUAAAUGUGUAAAACCUUAGCUGUCCGAUCAGUCUUGCUUUCAAUUUUAAGUGUUAUUUUAUAUUGCUGAUCCGGAUCUAUGACAAGAUCCGGCUUUCCCUCUCUGCUGUUUGUCCAAGUGGUCCUUGCAAGAAUUGUUCACUAUAUAAUUUUGCCCGAGUCUGUCCUAAACAGGGUAUACUGUUUCGCGCAAGUCUUUCCUAAAGACUGUACAUGUCCUUUGUCCUAAACAGGGCAUGUACAGCGGCUCUCCUCUACGCAAAUUAUGGUAGAAUAUUCCCCCCCCCCCCCUCCCGGGCUGAAGUGUUAAAUGUCAGCUGGUUAAAAGCCAAAAUUAUAAUUCAAGUUUUUCUUUCUUGUUUGUUAUUGUUUUCUAGCGUCUGUAAAUAUUUACGGUGCCACUUCCAAGUCGUUUAUUUUCUCCCUGGUGGACAAGGAAGGACUUGCACCAUUUAAGAGCAUGGUAAAACAUGCCAGUUCAUCACAUGCAAUUUACCGUUGGUCAAGUUACGGUCCAACAUUCGGUGAUUGGCCGCAUGAAAUAUACAUUGCUAAUAAUGCCAAUCAGAAUUCUAAAUCCUACACUAAUUUUGGCAAAUCUUACUCUCCUCCAAAUGAAGUUACAGACCGUGAUACAAUCCUGGCUGGAGCUCAACACUUCUCACCUGACGAAGUUGAGGUAUUUUAUCGCGCUUGAGUCCUGUAACCCCCCUUGAUUUCCACGCGCUGAAACCGUUUGAAAUCAAAGAAAUAUAUACUGCCCCCAAAAAGGAAUUUAAGACGUAUUGCAAAGUAGCGAGCAUCAGAAUGACUCAGCUGUUUGAAUACUAUAAAGUAGAGUCGACGUUAAGAUCCGUGGAAGGCAAAAACGUCGCUUAAAAGCUGAACUCGCUUUCUUUCAAUGUUGUCAAAUGUAGGCGAUCCCUCCUGGAGAUGAAAUUCUAAAUAUUAUGCCCAAGUUCAGCAAAAGAAAGCAAAUUUGUUCGUCGCUUGUUUACGUCCUCAAUUAAAACGUGAAACUAGCCAGGCAUUUUUUCACAUCGUUGUCAUGUACUGUCAUGUAGUGAUGGGAAAGAAAUGUACAAAAGAGCGUGAUGCACGUGCAGUGUACGUGUAAAGAUGGAGUCUUGCUAAGGCUACGUUCACAUAGCACGGGACCAAUUUUCGAACGGAUGAAAAUUUUUGCGUUUACGUGUUCUGUUCUUUUCACACGGAUCUAGCCCUCGACGAUCUUAACCGUACAAAAAUUUAGACGCUUAACUGUUCAAAGCCUCCGUGUGAACAGAGCGAAAAUAUUCGGUUAAAUUUUCAGCCAGUUAGAAACUGGUAAACCUAUAAAUUCAGUCUUUUUUUACGUUUUUGCCACCAUCGCUGUCCUUGGAUCUUUAGGUCGUUAAUCUGAACGGUAUGCAGCGGUCUGCGACACAAUCGGAACUCAGUCUGUGUCUAAGGUUUUCAGACGUUCAUGGACAUCAAAGGCAGAUAUUUAAACUGUUAGCGAUUGUAGACUUUCCAGGUUUAUUUGAAUCGAUUUGGUGCAAAAAUGGUGCCAAACACAGGCCUGUAGACAACGCGACGUAGACCGGUCUCCGAUCCGUGUUUCAGAUCAAUUAUUUACCGUGUCAUUUACGCUUCGCCCACACGUUUUUGGAUAUUUUUUAAAACCGAGACUUUUUUCUCCAUUUUCCUCGUUUUUUUUUGCGUUUACACUUAGCUUCAGUUUGAAUCAUUUUCGCCACUCUAGAUGAAAACGCUAAAACGAUGGAAAUACAAUAAUCUGAUAACAUCCCUACAGCAUGAUAACAGAGCGUAAUGCUAGUAGUACAGUGUUUAUGAUGUUUUUAUAUUAUCGUAACAAUUUUUCGUCCGUCCACACGUAAACAAGAAGCCGGCGUUUUCCAAAAUCUCCACUCUGGACAAUAUACCGUUUCUAAAAGCCUGCGGCUUUUUGGUGCCUUCAAAACCCGUUUCGUGUGGACGGAAGGCCAAAACGGAGAAAAGUACGUACACUGCACAUUUCAACAUAAACUGAGUUAUUCAUCAUAAUGACCAAGCAUUUAAUCCUAUGUAAAGAUUAACUCACAAGUUUUGAAAAAGUAAGAGGUGCUUUUCUAAUACUGGUAUGAGUUUAAAUUGCAUUUGCAUUAUGCUCACACAGGUAUGGAGGUAUUUCAUUUAUAGGGACGCUUCAUGCUUAAGGAGCUAGCUAUUACGCAUGCGUCACACGUGACUCCAACCUAGAAAUACUAGGACUUGUGGUGCCUAAUCUCGUACCCAGAUUUCACACCUGUCUUGGCCUCGGGAGAUCUGGCUACGAAAUGCAGUCAGGUAAUGUAACUGAGGGUCAUAUUUACAGGUGUGAAAGUGUGACCUAAAGUUUAGUCAGGCUAGUCCCUAGGCGUUCCCUCUUGCCCUGUAGUCGUCGCAAGAUAAAGUCUAGGAAGGGUGAGCGCGUCCCUCCCCUCUCGGCUGCGUCACAACUCACGGCACAGUCCAGGUUUGAUUGGGCCAAGAACGCCUUAAGUCCUAAAGGCUAUGUUCACAAUAUACCGGAUAGCUUUUGCGAUGGAAAGUAAACCAUACCGGAUAGGGCCUCUGUUCACGAUAAAAACGGUGAUUUUAAGGCGAUUUCUAUUACGGAGCUAAGCUACGCCUCCCCAGUCUCAAACGUAGAGAGUCACGUAUUGGAUAUGAUAUGCGUUCACAGUAUACCCAGCUUUUCAUAUGGGCACCAAAGAAACGCUAUCCGCUGUAGUGUGAAAAUAACCUAUGCUAAAGUCCUGUGACACGGGCUCUAACCCUAAUAAUCAGUAAGACCUUCAGUCGCGCGGCAGUAACUUCACUUCAGUUUUACCCAUCGGGAAAAAAUAAAGGAACUUACGCCUUUGCGAAAUGUUCUAGUGCCAGUAAUGAUCAAUAAAUGCCUGUAACAAAUUUUAGUAAGUUCGACAAUGUUUUGCUAAUUAUUAGUCGUCGUUGUAUUUAACUGAGAUUUAUUAACUUGUUUGUUGCAUUGUAAGCUCAAGUACAAGACGUUGUUUUUAUAGCAGAGAGCAAAUUUUCUUAGUCCCGAAAAAUAUAUAUAUGGAUCACAGAUCGAGUAAAGUCUUAUGAGGAAAAAAGUUAAGCUGGAUCAUCGAUCCGCGAAGAAAAAACGUAGUAUUGUAUCUAAACAAUAAAAUGGAUAACGGCUAAAUGCAAAAUUCAGUAUACCUACCAAUAACUGAGAAACUAAAAAAGUAAGAGAGUGUAUUCGGCAUACCAACCUUAUUUCAAAAGAUGAAAUUAUCAUCCGGAAAAAUUUCUAAAGAGGAAUCCCAGCACCAAUUUUCGAGAAUAACAAAUAACAAACAACAAGAAGAACAUAAAAACAAAGGAUGGCUUUGUACGUCGACUCGUCGCAGCUUAUAAUUUCGAUGCUUUAUUCGCCAUAACCUUAAUCCCCUUUGAAUUUAUACAUGUGAGACUUUUUACUUUAUCAAAUAUAUACACGGGACGGAUUUAAUUUCAAUACAUGAGAUUUGUGUGGCGAUUACACUCUUCAAGGUACAUUUUAUUACCUGACUUGGAGAGAUCGAUAUCGGUUAAAUCAUGUGAAAGUUUUCACCUUUCAGGUCACCAAUGUUCCUUGUAUGACAUAAUUCAUAUAAAGUGAUUAAAAGCUCUUGGACUCAACACUUGCACAAGAUCGAGAAAGCCAUUCUAAUGCAUCUCAGCUUUCAGAACUGUCAAACGAGAACAAACAAAAAUCAAAGAUUGAGUGAGAUGAGUUAAACUCUCACGGUAUUUGGCUGGUCUACUCCCUGUUUGGCGUCUUCCAUAACUUAAGCGUUUUUCAGGCGAGCGAGGAGCGGCAGACAACCGCGCUCGAGAGAAAAAUUAACAGAAAAAAAAGGGCGUCGAUAAAACCUGGAACAUGGAACAUUCCGGAACAUUCCAGAACAUGAAAAAAUAAAAAUAAUUUUCAUGAAAAAAAAAAAAUAUAAUAAAAUAAUAAAAAUAAAAAAAUAAUUUUUGUAAAAAUUAAUAACAACGUAAAAUAACAAAAAAAAAAAAAAAACGAAAUAUAAUGAAAUAAUCUGGAAAAAGAAACUGAUAUCCUCUCCGAGUGUGAGAAAACACUAUUUUGUCGCAACAAAUAGUGAGGGUUCGUGCAAAUGACAGUAAUGAGUGAAGGCUUGCUUCUAAAUUCAAAAUAUAUUAAAAUGGGUCGCAAGGAGCGGGGUUUUCAAGCUUUCCUCACACAGCCACCUCUUGUAAUGUUUGCCAUAAGUUAAUCAUUUGGCGGUUAAUCAUUUACGGUUCUGCAAUGGUCUGAAAUGUCGGUGCAUUAUGUCAUGUCAAGCCAAGUCGGUAAGUAGCUCAUUUCAAGGCGACAUAUAGUUUCCUUAUUGCUUACUUGGAGUGCUUUGCUUCCCUUGAGGUUGACAUGAGUCAGCAUGAUAUUUCAGACGUCUCCUCGAGUCGCAAGAAGGAGUUUGCGGGGAGACAGCUAAAAUUCAGGCUAACUGAUUGCAGUUAGAAACUAUCGCUGCGCUACCACUGCCACUGCAACGUGAAUCUUUAAUUUAAUUAUCCAAGUCCAAAGCGACGAGCCCCAAAGCUCUUCUUACGGUCGCAAAGCCGUAAAUGGAUAACCGUUAAACCGCAUGGCAAACAUUUACAAGAGGUGGCUGUGUGAGGAAAGCUUGAAAACCCUCUCCUCGCGACCCAUUUUCAUAUAUUUUGAAUUUAGAAGCAAGCCUUCACUCAUUACUGUCAUUUGAAUGGACCCUCACUCGCCCAAACAAUUCAUUGCGACAAAAUAUUGUUUUUUCAUACUCAGAAAUGAUACCAGUUUCAGUUUCUUUCUUUCAUUGUUUGUUUCUUUAUUUUUCGUUUGUAUGUUAUGUUAUGUUAUUUAUCUUGUUAUUAUAAAGUUUUGCAAAAACUGUUUUCUAUUGUUCUUUUUAUUAUUUAUUAUUAUUAUUAUUAUUAUUAUUUAAUUAAUUAAUUAUUUAUUUUUUCAUGUUCCGGGAUGUUCCAUGUUCCAGGUUUUAUCGAUGCCCGUAAAAAAAGUCCUCGCCUUCCCUAAUCGCGCGACUGGGUGUCUAGCACUCCAACUUCGCUUUGUGUUUCUUACUUCCAAAAAAAGCGAAAAAUAACGGCCGUUCUACAGCCUAAGUUAUAACAAGCCACUGACGAAUUUAGAUGAGUUGUAAGAUCGUUUUGCCUAUUAUAUUAUCAGUCUUCGUUCAGUUCUUAGCUGAGAUUUAUUAACUUGUUUGUUGUAAACAAAAGUACAAGGAGCUUUAAAUAGCGUGAGCCUUUAUAGCUUUCACCUUUAGUACAAAAAAUGUAUUACAGAGUGAUCAAGUCUAAUGAAAAAAUAGAGUCAAUAGGAUCAUCGAUCCAAGACCAGGUGAUUGUACUGUAAACUUCUCAGCAAAUGCUAAAGUACAAAACCAGAGAAACAAGAGAAAGACAAACUAAAUAAGACAGUCAGAGAGUGUAUUCGGCAUUCAAACCUGAAUUAAGAAGCGAGUUGCAAUAUACCCUGAAAAUGGCCAGUGAAUAGUCGUACUAUUAAGGAAAGGAGCAAGACAAGAAGGGGUCAAUAUCGGUUUGUCAUCUAAAAUUUAGGUAAGAAUUCACUACUUGCUGGUAAUGAAGUCUCAUAUAUUCUCUAUAAUUAUCAAAAAGGUCCGUUGCCGAUUGUGUUUUUGCAUUGGGCACGGACUCAAGAAAGCCAUUCCAAAAAGGCUAGCUGUUUUCAAGGAGGAAGGAAGAUCCAAGCGCCAGUAAGAUCCCUAAAAGGCGGAUAAUUUAAGUGUUGAACUAGUCAUAAGCGCAAGCCGGGUCUUCCUAAUGCUAGGAUCUUCUUGGCUUAGAGGUAGGACGAUCUUUCUACUAGGAACAAACCAGACAAAUAUGGUGGCGGGUAGGGCAUUGGAGUAAUCACGGCAAUAAACAUGCAAAGCCGACCAUUUCGUCUGUCGUUACCAUGAGCUGAUUGAUAUGACAGUUCUGCUGAAAGCUGGUAGUUAUGAAAGCCAGUAAAGAGAGCACAAGGGCCCAAACUGCACUUUUGUUUUCGUCGCUCUCAAUUUUUAAUUCUUUCUCUACUUGGGCACGAAACGGACCGUAACUUCUGCAUGUAAGUUACCCAACGAAAAGUUGUCUCGGCUUCUAGUAUCUUUCCUGGUACCAGGAUCUUCCACCCUCCUAGAAUAGCAGCUGUGUGAUAGGAAAGCUUAUAAGAGGUAGCCACUCCUAAAAAGUUCUUGUACUAUACAUAAUUUUCUUGUUCUAUGUACUUUUUGAGAAACACAAGUUAUAAUAAAUGGCACUCUUCAACACCAACAUUUUUGCUUGUUGUCAGACUUGAUGCCUUCAAGAAACCCCCGCAACAUUCCCUUAAUGCAGUGGGAUUAGUGUACUCUAAAAUAUAUCAACCCUCUUUGUGAUAAGUCAUGUUUUGAGUGCUUAGUGUCCCCUGAAUGGAGGUCAACCCAGGUUUUGGGACCCAGAAAAUGUGUUCCUCUCCCCUGAAAAGAGGUGUCCCUUCAAUAGCGGUAACAAAUUCAAAGAUUAUGUGGAAGUUUUUUUUCCGGGACCAAAUUUUGUGUCCCCUGAAUGGAGGUGUCCCAUGAAUAGGGGCUUCCUAAAGGAGAAGUUCCACUGCAAUCAUGUCCAGCAAUUAACAAGACACGACUACAGAAAGCAGCAGGUAGCACCUGUAGUCUCUUAUGAAGCCUUUCUCUUACUGGGUACGUUUUUUUUUUUUUUUUUUUUUUUUUUUUCACAAAAAGAUUAGACGUAAUUUUUAUAUGCAAAAAUAAAUUUAAAAACAUGCCGGAGGAAUUGUUGAUGGGGCUAUCAUCCUCUAAGCCGCUAUAGAAGAUAUUACUACGGACACCUUUCACAAUAACAAGUGGAAGUUAAGCAAACACCCCUUCAUAUUAGCGUGCAGUCAUUUACUAUCACAACCAUUUCCCGGCUUUUGACAAUAAUUACGAACGUCAAAUGGGAUGAAAACGAGACUUGUGCAACCCAUUCUUAACAAUUUAAGCAACCCAAUCCUCAAUUUUAUGUUUUAAAGCAUUAAUUUGUAUUAAGGUAAUUCCCUUGGUUUGCACACCCUCUACUGCGCAUAAUACUGCGACAUCCAAGACGGCGACGUUUCUUCCCACUAGCGCGAAAAGAACAAACAAGGGCCGCUUUUGCAGAGCUAAUGCCGCAGAUCGGCUGACAGCUUCCUGGUUUGCUAUCGAAAAACAAGAAAAUGAAAGAAAUGUCCGUGAUCCCAAAGUUUGCAGUGGUUUUUCACUUCGCGGCCGUCGAUCGAGUUGUGGAAUUAUUAAAACGUCCUGGCUGAUGAUGGGGGCUGUGAAGCCUGUGGAACAGCUUUACGGCUCUCCAACUGCAUUGACGAGCCAAUAUUUUGCCUGGGAUUGCUACUUUACAUAUGUUGUUCAAACUCCGAGAUUGGAGAGACGAAUAUUUCUGAAACAAAUAAGACCCACAGUAGCACCAGAACCACACGGGUAGACCAAUCUUUGAUGUAAACACGAAGUUUGCUGCUGAAUUAACAUUUUGCUGUGCAUAGAAACCAAACAGGUGAACACAUGAAGAAUAGGAAUCAACACGCUUUUCUUCAAGUUUCUUUGUCAAGCAUUAUUGCGCUCACUGGAAUUAAAGAGAACGCUGGCGCUACAAAAUAGUCCAAAAUAAAGAGUCAUAACUCAAAAAUAUCGUCAAAUCUUGACAUCCCUCAUUCCUUGGUAUUUGCUGCACUCUUUUCAAGUUUGAGUUUCCGUGUUGGCGAUAUCAAACACAUAAAAACAACCGAAAACAAGCAUGAUCUCCAGUGCAUACUUCGAACACGAUGGGCGCUAUUUUGUAUCUCGCCCCAGUCUCCGCCGCUCAAAUUAUCCAUCCUGACCGCGAUCUCAAAACCAUGUCCAUCUUUCACAGCAGUUUGUGAGGAAACAAGCACAGUGACCCCCAUUUUGUUCCCCAGGCUUUUGCUAAGAACAGUCUAAUAAAGAACAUGUUUGAAGAAGAAAAAAAGUUUGAGAGUUGGACAAGAAUUUUUUAAAAUAGUUCCGUUUUUGGUGUACUGGGUCAAGACAAAGACUUCAAGCUAACCACGGAACUGUCCGAAAAAGUGGAAUAUCCCCACCACCAGGCAAUCAAAAACGAACUAAAAGAAGCAAUACUGUCUAUUUAAAUAAAAGAAGCGUUAUGUUCAAGAUAAAAUUUUGUGUGUUUCAAGUAACAAAAAGUCAAUUCUGUAAGAAGGUGAUUCGAAUUUUUAACGCUCAACCUAUAAAAAUACCCCAGCUUAAGAGCCUGCUGACGCGUAAACAAGCACGGUGACCCUAUCUUUUUAUUGCAUUUUUUAAUGUUUAUAUCUUGAAUAUUGAUUAUGCCAAGUUUCAAAAUAAAUGUUUGAUAGUGGAACAAUUUCAACGGAAUUACAUUAAUUAUUAUUCUGUUUGAGUUUAAAUAAAAAUUGACUUGACUUGCAACACCAGAUCCCAUCCCUUCCUUUUUAAAGUGAGUGGAAUGACUUCAAAUUUACUUCAACCAAAAGGAUUGAAUAUUCGUUAGCUUCUAGUAUUGCAGCAAAUUUUAAAAUCUACCCUCCACAGUUACACAAUCCCUCCCUCCCAUCCCUAACGUUGUAUAGGCCACCCUCUCUCCCUCAAGCCUAGCGAGGUUUUGCGAGUUUUUAGUUUUAAAAUUCUACUGGUUGCUUUACUUUGUGGAGCCAGAAUAGUUUGAUUUGUCGACUGAAGGAUGUUUCUGAGAGGUGAGCUUAAAAGUACACUCGGCGAAUACUGUUGCUACCAUGUUUGUCUUCUUUUGGUAGUGUGAGGGGCAAAAAGUCGGCCCCUUCUACUGUUAGCAACUGACAGUACUGCUUUCAGUAUAUAUAUAGACUUUUAAUGCGGCUGGUAUUUAGAUUAAAAGUUAGUCAAUGAAGCUGUAAAGGUAGUUCCGAGCUUAGACUAUGUUUUAUGUACUCUAUUCUUGACUGGCAUUGAUCUACGGCUGAUGUUGUUUUCUUAAAUAGUUUUACUAACACGGCUUACUUGAGUUCGCUGGGUAUUUCUGGUAGGCAUGCCGUUUGUUGUUUUCAUUAAUUUUUUGUCGUCGAUUUAGCUUUUUCUUCAAAUAAAUAUCCUGAUGAUAUUACUUCAACGAGUCGUCAUUCAUUCGGCAGAGGAGAUUAUCCACCGAUGUACUUUUUUGAUCAGUGAUGUGGGAGCUGCUCCUCUCAUGGAUGAGAGGACAACAAACAUGCCCAGGCCUCUUUAUAAUGAAUGGAUGUAAAAAUUAUCCCCCUGUGGACAGAGCCGAUUAUACGGAGCAUCAUCUACCAAAUACGCCUUUGGAAUUUUUUGACUUUCUGAUUAAACCAAACUGCUAAGCGGAAGCAAUUUUUAGUCAGUCGGCGGCCCAUGUUGCACGGGAAAUUUAAAUCUCAGUACACGUUGUCAAUUUCCUCUAGUUUCCUACUCUUAUUGAGCCCUUCCUUAGAGAAAUGAGAAACGCCACGUUACCAUGAAAGCAAAAUUUCUGAAUCUCGACAAUCUUUCUUGAUACAGCCUGACGGUCAUUUUCAUUUCCGAACGACUGACAAAAGGCCGAUGGGCUGCCGUUCUGUUCCUGAUCAUGAGUGCAAUCAUGCCCCCAAAAUUCACACAUAUCAUUUUUUUUCCUGCCAUAUUUGCAGGACCAAGGUUUGUUGUGAUCGAAAAGUUUUGCUACCAUGGCAACGUGACGUAACAACGUCUCCUCUCGAUUUCUAAUAGCACAUUGUAUUUUUUUUGUUUUUUUUGUUUGUUGGUUUCUUCUCCUUUGAUGUACGAUUUAGUUUGAGACUCAGGGAAGUUAAAGCAGGUUGUGAAGGUUUUGCUGUAAACAUGUCGUUACCCUUGGUUUUGCUUUUAUUAACUAACCCUUUAAUUUUCAAGUACGCAUAUGCGUACGUACGUGUUUUUAGAUAGCUACAUCCCUACAACUAUCGUUUAUUUAUUGACAUUUACGAACCAUCAAUAUUAACAAGCCUUUAUACAUAUGAUUUGCAACUUUUACCUAAAUUCAGACCAUUCAAUGAAAUUAUUUUACACGUCAACAUUUAUUUUUUUUUUCGAUUUGCAUAAUUACCUACACUUAGCGACGUUAGAUCCUAAACUGUCACAAAAGACUGGACUAUACGAUGGAAAGAUAGGCCUCUUCAGAAAAGGAAAGAACAAAUUUCCAAUAAUUUGGCUCUGAACCCAAUAAGAAAGGAAUUUGCUUAAUUGUUUAAAAAAUUGUUUGAAAACUGUCUUCAGUAUUCAAUUAGUUGGAAUUAAUUUGGUCAAAUAGAAGCCUUUUUUAAAAAUUUACUUAGAGUAUAGCAGUUUGUCAAAGAGGUGCAACACCACGUGUCUAUCAAUGCAAUAAAAAGAUCGAAUUUCAGUCUGUUUUGACAGCAAGGAAGCUAACAAACGCAUUUAGACCUAGACAACUGAAGCUUUCUUCAAACAAAGGUAAAUUUUUGAACAAGACCGUGGCCGACUGCGCUGCGACUUACUCUAACAACAUGGAAGGCUAUCCACUACUUCUCAGAAACUAUGUCGUCGUAAUGGGGAUCUUUGCUACAUUUCCAAGUAUUUCUACAGGUGACACUCUAACCUGUGUUCGUGUAGUCUGUAUUUUUAGUAGUCUGGGUCCCUUGGAACAUAUUUUCAGUACAUUCCUAAAGCUUUCAUUUUUUUUUACUUUUUCCUUACAGCUUUCAGUCAAGGAUCGAUUGGUAACUUUUUCUACGUCAACUCAUUGCCAGAAAUUAGGGACAAGAUGGCGGUUGCGCGUGCGCACUAAGGCCACAAUGGCUGCGAAUUCGUAUAAGAAAAUGUAUGGAGAUAACGAAACUUUUUCAAAUAUAUCGAUUAUAAGCUCACGGGUGUUCGGUGCCCGACUCGAAACAUGUUAAGUGUUGUGUAACCCUCGCAUCUGGGUUAAAAAUAGCUAAUUAGAAGUAGGUUUACUUACUUCCUGAUGUGGCCACUUUUAUUCCUUGUUGUACGCUCCAUUUCUCCAUACAUUGUCUUAAAAUCUUGCCGAAGUCAUGCGAAAUACUCGUCGAUUAGAGGAUAAACCCUUCACUGAAGUAAAUUUGCCCGACUCGAUAUCACUUCUGCGAUGGAAGAUGUUUCCAAAACAGUCGUUAAAAGGACGAUUUUGCACUGCAAAAUACUUCCAAAGGCGCAUUAUUUCCCCUCAGUUUUCCAUCUGUAGUCCAGUAAUGGACGCCAUGGUUGCGAAUGACACAUUUCGGUCGGACAAAGCUUCACAACUCAAACCUCACCGAAUCGCCAUUUUGUUUGUUGCUACAACUCCAGAGAUGCUUCACGGGAUAUAAACUAGGUUCCAGGCAUUCAAAAAUCCUCGAUUAGCCUACCAGGCUUGGUUUUAAAAACAAAAUUGUCACGAAAAUGUCACGAAAAUGUCACGAAAGGUACAUCCGCGUACUGUUUUGUUGCUAUCAGCCGCUCGGCCGCGUAUAAACCUAACAUUUUCUUGCAAGGUGUUUAAUUCCAGCUUUUUUCUUCGUAAAACAGAUCCACAGAGCUCAAAUUAUUUAAAAAAUCGCAAGGGAUACGCUUUCCCUGACUACGAUAGUUUUUGUCCGCCAUUUUAAAAACGAGAUUCCGCUGACAAUUGAUCACGGGCGCGAAAUGUCCACGAUUUCUGGCAAUGAUGAUAAGUGAAUUUUCCUACCUGAAUAUCACAAGUAUUGGACGAAAUCUUAUUCAAGACGAAAACGAUUGUGGCUACGCCUGUUUAGAAAAUUCUUCAUGUUUUUCCUACAAUGUGGCUGCCUUCCCUGAUGUCAACGGCAAACUUCUUUGCGAACUCCUGCCAUCGGACAAGUUUAACAACUCGGACAAGUUCAACGCCAGUAAAGAGUUUCAUCACUUUUAUAUUCCGGUAAGUCAAACAUCUAAUUAAUCAGAAAUGUUCCUUCUGGGGAAAAUAAAAAGUUUCUUCUUGUUUGUUUGUGUAAUUAUUUUCUUUUGACUCUCGCUAGUUUCGAAAGUUAGCAUUUGUAGAUCAAAAUUUACCUCUUCGCUUGGCAAAUCUUGAAUGCAGUGGAUUACGUUGUGCUUCAAAUGCAAAGGAAUUGGCUAAUGAGUUUGGAUAAAAAAAAUAAAUAAAAAAACCUCAUAAAAGUCUUACAACCAAGUUAAACCUUUCAGUUAAACCUUUAAUUUGACCAUCUGCUGAUGCCCAAACAUACUUGAUGAAAUCGAUAUAUUUAUGUUCGAAUGUCCUAAACGUUAGUGAGGGGAGAGUUGCAGACAAAGGUCUCGACUGAAAUAUUUUUCGACAAAAGCGUUCAGCUCUUAAAACACAUUUGUCAUAUCAUGAAUUUGCUUAUUAUUUGCUUGCAUACUUGGCUUGCCUUAAAAGUUACAGAAACGUUUUAAUAUUCCUAUUUUAGGCUAAUCUUUUGCCGGUUAGACUAUAUCAGUACAACGCCUUGAAAUUCGGUAGCAUCUCUGCAAAUUUCUGGGUAAAUGAAACAGCGUUACUCUCAAAACCUCACUAAAUACUCAACUGAGCAAACCCACGGGGGAGUGCAAAAGAUAAAAAUGUAUAUUGCUUGCCGUCCUUAAUUAUAUCGAUGUCAUCUAAGCAUCGACAUGUAUGUCAAAUUCGUUGCUUUUUGAAUCCAUGAAACAAAGCGAAAGGGAAACAAAGAAAAUUUAAUCCCAACUUUUGUAGGUUUACAGUAAGCUGAAUUUAAUCUAGGGUUCGGCUCGUUGAAGUAAUUGACCUCAUAUAGUGAAGACAAUGAAUGUCUAUAGUUUUCGUGCUGAAAGUUAACUGAGGCCCCGAAACUUUCUCUCUUGCUAGUGCUUUUCUUGUUCUGUUUGGACAUUACUAUGGCAACACAAAGUACCUGACCUGUUAACCUAUGGGAACAUUCAACUGACGAAAUUCGUACCCAUUAAACGUUCCUGACAAUAAAUGAAUUUAAACGAGUAAACUGCCUUGUCGCAACAGUAUUUAUUGUUUCGAAUUCUUCGUUCUUUUUCACACACGCCAACCACUUUGAUGCUAAUGUUUGCCUGAUUCAAUAGGAUAUUGCCAUAGCAACGCACAUUCAAAGAUAGGACUGCCACCUGUAACUGAUGAACCGUUCGUGUUUUGUUAUUUAAAAAAACAGCUUUUGUUAUUGCGUCACAAGAAACACAUGUUACUGGCGGUAGAAGUUCUACACUAUGAAAAAGCAAGCAUCAAGUUUUCCAAAAAACGGAGACAAUAAUUAAGGGACUUAUCAAAGUCUGCUUUACAUUUGUUAGAGCUGCGCAAAAUUCCCCUUACUUGAUCUUAUUUUAAUAUUUCCAAUACAUGUAUUUUUUUAUCUUUUCUUUCAUCUUCCUUAUUUCGAGAAACACCUCGAUUUUUGUAGCCUGUUAUAUAGGCUCCGAGAUAGUAGUGCAGGGGGAGAAGGGACAGAGAGGACCAUAUUUUUUUCCCGCCGCUAUCCCCUUUCCUAGAUCGCGUGCGUCUUAUUUUAAAUAGGUUUCCUUCUUUUAUCUUACCGAUGUCGUUACUUUGAGAUCCUACGCAGUAUACCCGUAAGUUCAACAUGGAUGAUUGAAAACAAGCCUAAAAUUUCGAAUUUAUUAGGUUUGCACAAAGUCUAGUUAUUAGUAGAUUUCUUGAUGAGUUAGUACACAACUUACGAUUUGUUACCCCCACUUUUUAAAACAACUUAGCCAAAUUUUAAAAGUAUUUAAUUUUUUUAACAAAAUAAGACAAAAAGUAAGCAUGUUCAACAGUUAAGCACUCGUUGAAUCCACGCUACAUGUAUAUAUCAAAGGCGACAAAAGCAGAUAAUUUUCGUACCAGUCUUUGUUCACUUAUUGGCUGCAUAUCUCCUCCUGAUAAAAAUGUUAACAUUCGCAUAAAAGUGAUAAAGUACCUCUAAAGAAACUGUGUUCAGCCUCCUUAAAGGCCAACUGAAAGUCAGGAGGAAAGAAUUGUGCCCGAAAAAAAAACGUUUUAAUUCUUAGAUUGCAAGAAAAUGCAAUUUAAUUGGACGAAGAAAUUUACAAAGUAUAAGGAAUAUAAGAUGGAGUUUCAUUAGAAUUCAUAGAAAAACGCAGAAAAAAUGCAUUUAAAAGAUAUCCUGACCAGCUACGACAGAGGCCAAGCAGUGGCUCUUUAUGCCAUCGUCAGGCCACUCGCCGAUAUAUAUCUGCAGCCUGUUCAUCCUACAUCCUGGGCUGCGUCAAAAGAAUGCAUUGACCAGAAGCAACUAGCUGAGAAUACAACAGGCUGUGAACCCACUCACUGGGGCAAUUAAUGCAGGCAUUAGAUAUAGCUUCUGUUCUCGUUCAGCAAAACCAGCCGGAGGCUCCCUGAAAUAAUUUGAUGACCAAGCGAGUUAAAUUCAUUUAAUUACACAAGCUUAUUGCAUGCUAACUGAAGGGAAUUUUAGUUUGUAAUUGCGCUAAAAAUGAAAUUCAACUUUCAAAUCAUCUGCGAUUAUUUUAGGUGCCGAGAGAGGAGAAUCCUGAUGAAUUUUAGAAAGUGCUCACCGCUAAGAUGUUUUAUUUAUUUAUUUCUGUAUUUUUUUUAUUCAGUCAUUCCGUUCGCUUAGACACAGAUAUGACUAAUGACAGCAGUUUGGUAGCCUGAAAAGUGGAAGUGCCUUGUGUUUUCUCAUUUGUAGUAACAAAAUAAAGUCCGGAAGAUUCAUCGAUAUUUUGUGGGCAUUUUCACUAAAUAAAACAUUUAUUCAACUCGCACUUGUUCCAUAGAGAUGAUAUAGCCAACCAAUACCCAACAACUCGCAGGUGGAAUAAUUGUACAUGUAACUAAAACUUGGAGCUCAACUUGGUCGACGAAAGUCAAUAGCUGAAUCUGCCGUAAAUUCAGCAUACGUGUAAUAUGCAUAAAUGAUUAGUGCGUCACGUUACUGGAUUAUGUUUUGACUUUGCCAUCAAAUGGUCUUUACUUACAGCCGUAUGCUUUCCUUUGUGUAGUCUCCUUGUGACAGUUCCCCCUGUAAGAACACAGGAAAAUGCAUUUCGCUGUACCAUAAUGUGAUAUAAGUGCAUCUGCGUGAAAGGAUUCACCGGAAAAGACUGCGAAACGAGUAAGAAAUACUGAGCUGAAACAAUGUUGCCACUAACUAUAACACAAUCACAGGUGACACACUAUUAACGCACUUUGCACGUGGGAGCGGUAAUCAGAAUAAAGCUUUUGUACUGAUUUUAGGUAUUAUAUUAUUGACUUUUACUUCUUUGAGCUCACUAAAACAAAAAAAAAUCUAACUGAGAAGAUUUAAAAACUGCUUUGAGAGAAAAGUGACCAAUAAGUAUCACGCUGAACUUUUACUUUUCCUUAUAGUUUCCCGACCACAAAUUUCAAUUUCUCUGCUUGAUCGGUGAAGUGACCUAUUUAUAGACACGUUUCUCCACCAACCCCUAGAACAACGUUUACAUUUACUAGUUGUAUUUUGACUCUUGCUUAAGUCUAAUGUACCUUAGCUGAAAGGUACAUUUAGCAUUUUCUUUGUUUUUGUUUUGUUUUUUUAAUAUCUUUGAUCCUCUCUCCUGCAGAUAUAAAUGACUGUGUCAAUAUUACUUGUUUGAACAACGGAACUUGCAUCGACCUAAUCAAUGGCUUCAACUGCAAUUGCCCUUCAGGAUUUGCCGGCAACCGAUGCGAAAUUGGUUAGAUACUUGUUAUUUGCAUUGCAUUUCCGCCAAAACACAAAACCAUACAGCUAAUGUAGGAAGCUGUUGAAUGCGGAUGGCUGAUAAAUAUGGACCAAUUUUAAAUCCUACAUGGAUCCGAUAUCAUUAACAAUGAUAUCUUCCCGCAAGUUUCGUGCACGGGGAUAGCUGGAUAUAAAAUGUCCCCAGCAAAUUUACACGACUGUGAAAAAAAUUAGUUGCAUUAUUAUAUGGCUGAGUCUGUUUUCGCCAUGCGAUUGGUCAAUUUGCGGUACGUAACUUGCUAUAAGGACCAAAAUUUUUAAAGAAAAUGCUCAUUUCGGAGGUCUAAAUCUCUUUACCUGGGAAAAAAUGUUUAAAUAAAGUUAUAAAACGCCUGUCAACCUUGAGGACUUGGAUGUUGACUUUGGCCUUCAACAUUUUAACUGUGUUUAUUUGUGAACGAAGGCGAUGAAGAAACUAACUCGUAAUCUUAUCGAACAGGAUUCUAGUCAGUGUUUGAAAAUUUUAUCGUAGUACACAGUUAAGAAGACGAAAAUCGACAGGCAGAGAUUCGAGAUGUUUUGCCUAAGAGAAAAUGAGUAAUUCCUUCAACAAAUAUGAUAACAAACAUACCUCCACCCGAUUAUCUUGACAAGCAUCUUUACCAUUUGCAGUGUUUUUUCAAAGACCAACGAAAGAAAGAUAGAAGCGAGUUCGAGCCAGACACAAUUAUGUCCAGUUUUCAAAAGACUCCAGCGCUACAUUAACGAGUGAAUACUUACAGUGCUCUGAGUUUCCAUCGCAUAAACUUUGAAAUAAGUAUGUGAACUCUGAGGACUGGGAUGUUGACUUUGCCUUUCCAAAUUUUAACCUGGCUCUGUUUUAAUGAGAAUGAAGCUGGUGUAGAAACUGACUCGUAACCUUACCGAGGAAGAGAAUUCUCGUUGGUGUUUAAAAAUUUCAACGCAGAUCACACUUGAAGACGAGAAUGAACUGGCAGAAAGAGAGGUUUUCCCAAAAACAAUUAACGAGCGAAUCCUUCGACAAUGACAACAAACUUACCUUGAAAAGUUUCUUUGCCUUUUGCAGUGUUUUUUUCAAAAGGACAAACGGAGGAAAGAUGGAAACGACUUCUAGACAGACACAACGUCCGUCCGGUUUCCAAAAUACUCCGCGUUACAUUAACGAGCUAAAACUUACUGUGCUCUUAGUUUUGACCGAAUAAACUUUUUUAACAUGGCAAAUUUGUUUUUACUUUCUCGGAAAGCCUUUGUUAUGUCCUAUUGGUUUCGUGCGCCAAUAAAAACUUUCUUUUUUGACACCUGUCAAAUGACUGCCAAAUCGUGCGUCCUGCACUUGUUUCCGGUCCCCCAAACAGGAAGAAGCCAUAUAAUAAACAUCUUAUAAGCCUCGUUUUUUCGGUCCGUACUGUAAAUUACGGAUCCUUGUUUUUUUCCAUCGAUUUAUGCAUGGCCGCAAGCGCGAAUAAAUCGAUUGGAAAAAAUCUCGGUCCGUAAUUUACAGUACGGACCGAAAACUCGGCUAAUAAGAGGUAUUUUUUCUCUUUCACCAUUAGAUGUUAUCUCAACUGUGGUAACACAGUUUCUUUCGCCUGCGAUUGGGAAUGACAGCAACUGGGCCCUGUGUUGGCAGACCUCCACUCAUGGCUGGGCUGUCAGUACCUUCCACAGCAGAUGUGAUGGGAAAAAUCAUACGAUUACGGUCAUCAGAAAAGACCAGUACGUGUUCGGAGGAUACACUGAUAUUCCUUGGUGUAAGUGACUUUUUCGCCGGGGGCGGGGCAAUAAAAGGGACGGAGUCCGCAAAAUUAAUAUUAAACCCCUAAAGAAACCAAUCUGGAGUGGCUUAGGCUAUAUUUGACAAAUAAUAAAACAAGUAACCAAUUCCAGAACCAAUCAAGAGCUUUAAUGAUCAUGAAAUUGCCUUGUGCGAAAUAUAUCAAAACUGAAUGCAGUAUUCUACACAAAAAGGCGCCAGUUAGUUGCAAAAAAUAAUAAUAAUAAUAAAACACUGACUAGAACCGUACAGUACGUACGUGAAUACAGUCACUUUGACAACAGAUAACUAGUCACGACAUUUGAGAUAAAUAUUAUCCUCGUAGACUUGUGUAUUGACAUGGUUUUUUCAGUAGACAUCAGGAGCUUGUAUGUUUUGGUUUGUUGAAUUAAAGUUAAAUUCCCCUGGGACCUUCACUGGGAAAAACAUAGCCUCCCAGGCAGACGUUCUUAGGGGUUCGUCACGCAGGAACGCGUGACGAACCUCUAAGAACGUCUGCCUGGGAGGCUAGGAAAAACAUAAAACCUAAAGUGGUCUUUAAAUAGUGGGUGUCAUUUACGUACCUGUAAUACCUACAGCGGUUGCUGUCGCAAUAACCUUCUCUUUUGAGUAUUCUGUUUAACCAUUAUAUAGCGGAUAAAAGACUAGCUAUAUCACUGUGACUCUUGCUUAAAGAACUGUCUUCUGUAGACAGGGGAAUGACUAGCUAAGCUUGUAUUUCUAACAAUGGGCCGUAAACAGAAACUCCUGCAGUAAAGGAAUUCCUUCUUUGUGGAUCUUGAACAGCCCUAAAAUUUGUGGGGGUGGGGAGAGAAGAGCCUGCUGUGUUAAGGAUAUCAAGGGGACCCAUCCACCCGCCUCCUUUUAGGCGUGGUUCUCGGAAGUUAGUAAAGAUUUUAACGUUUAUUCCACUCUUUGCAUUUUUCUUUAUGAAGUUUUAAUGAGUUAUCGGUUAAUAGUUAACAACGGCGCUUUAGAAACAAGAAGGAAUCUGGAUCGAAUUAACUUUUGUAAAGACUUCUGGUACUGUUACUAGGGACAGUAACGAUUCCAGAAACAAUUACGGGUCGCAUUUCGGCUCCAGUUCCCUUCUCGUUUCUAAAGUGGCGAAUUUAAGUUUGCUAAGAAAAUCCUUUCACGGCGGGUUUACAUCGUCUACGUAUAACUGCUCCAUUUCCGUGGCUCAUAAUAUCCAGAGGAGAUAGUCGGUGGUAAUUAACAAGCUUUCGGACCAUGAUUACCUGCACAGUCAACAAACAAUACGCACAGCUAAACCGCACAUAAAACGAUAUAGGAGGUGGUUCAACGGGCAGUUCCGGGAAGGGGAUAAUAUCUUAUAUGACCUGUACGGGGAUGUGCCGCUGGACAGGGUAUGAUUUUCAUCGUCUCUGUCCUAAACAGGGCAAACAAUUUCUGGAAUGCUUGGAACGGUCGAGGUGUAAGGACGUGUACUUCGGUGCUCCGCCUUUUGGGGUGUUAUUUAUUCUUUGCAAUUCGAUGCCUCCGAAAUGGAAAGAUCGACCCAAAUCUUCUUCCUCGGACGCCUUUUCGCCCGAGUAAAAAAAAAAAAAGAAGUUUUAUGAUGUAAAGCUCAAGGGUAAUGGUGGUUACUAAGGGAACUAGAAAGUAGGAGUAAUCGCUUUGCAUCUUCAAAAAUGUGUUUAUGGCGGAGCUCCGACCAAAUAGUCGUCCGGAUUGUACAAACAAUUAGACGCACUACCUAAAGGUCUUAGUUCGCACCAGCUCAUAACUUUCCAUUCCUAGUGAAAGAGCCCGUAACUAGUAGUGUAUUGUUUAUGCUCUCUCUGUAGUAGUAUAAUGUCCGUUUGUAGAAGUCGCAGCAAGAGGUUUUUUUCUUUUUUUUGCUUUUAUCGUGUGUGCCGUCUGUAUAGUUUUCGUUAGCUACAUCCUUGCUUGGCUUUAUAGAUAUUUGUUACGGUGGAUGGUUUUUCAAUGCAGAAUAAUAAUAAUUGGUUUUCACCAUUAUAAUUCUUAAAUAUAUGUUCAUUGAAUGUUAGAGGCUUAUCAUGGCAAGCUAAACGAAGAGAAAUGUUUAAUUGGCUCAGGGAGAAAAAUUUCCAUGUUUUUUGUUUUUACAAGAGGUGCACUGUACGAAGGAAACCUGUGAUUCAUGGCAAAAUGAAUGGGGUUAUAAAGCUUUAUUUAGCUGUGAAAAUAGUCGAAGGGCGGGUGUGGCCAUUCUUUUUAAAAAUAAUUUCGAUUUCGUUUUAAACAGGGAUUACGCAGACCCAGGUGGUCGUUUUAUCAUUUUAGAAAUUAAGACCACAGACUUAUGUUUUACGCUUGUUAAUCUCUACGCUCCAAAUAAGGAUGACCCCCUUUUCUUCCAAAAUGUUAAAAACCGAACACUCGAAUUUGAUUGCGAUAACAUCAUCUUGGGUGGACAUUUUAACUUGAUUAAAAAUGCUAAAUUGGACAAGGAAGGUGGCAUUCUCGGCACCUCGCAAACGAAAGCGCUCACCGAAGUAGAAAAAAUUCAAAUUAACCUUGACCUAAGCGAUAUCUGGCGUGACCAAAUCCCCUUGACAAGAGAUUUACAUGGAGAAGGCGUAAUCCAUCUAUAUCCUGCCGACUUGACUUUUUUCUUUUAAGUCGUCAUCUCUAUGGUAAAGUGGCUAAGUCUGAUAUCGUAGCUGGUUACAAAACCGACCACUCUAUGAUAAGCCUCAGCUUAGGUCUUACCGAAAACAUCAGAGGCCCUGGGCUAUGGAAACUUAACACCUCUUUCCUGAUAGACGAAGAAUAUUUAAAAUGCAUCAAGAAGGUCAUCCUUAAAACAUGUGAUGACUACAAAGACGACAAGGAUGUGGAUGAUGCCUUGUUGUGGGAGAUGAUUAAACUUAAGGUUAGAGAGUCAUCAAUUUUUCACGGAAAAGAAAAAGCUAAGUCCAAGCGAACGGACGAAACCAAACAAUACGAUACGAUCACCUACCUAGAGAAAAAAAAUUGAUGGCACUAUGUCCCCCAUUUUAAAAGGGGAAUUGGAGCAAAAACUGAUUGAGGCAAAAUAGAACUUGGAAAAAAUGUACGAAUAUAAAACCCAGGGAACUAUCUUACGGUCCAAAACCCGCUGGUAUAAUGAAGGUGAAAAAAAUGCAAAAUACUUUUUCAACUUAGAAAAACGUCACCUCAUGAUCAAGUGCAAAGUUAUAACUCAUCUUUGUGGAGCUGACAACACAACUUUAACAUCCGAUAAUGAUAUUCUCCAAGAAUGUGUUGACUUUUAUAGUAAACUAUACAGCAACAGAUCAAUACACAAUGAAAGCGAUAAUCUCCGGUUUUUCACCGCAGAUGACAAUUUUGUGCGGCUCGACGAGGAUUCCAAAGCAUCCUGUGAAGGUCUUUUAAAUGUGAAUGAAUGUCUAAAUGCUCUCAAGACGAUGGAAGCAAACAAGUCGCCAGGCUCAGAUGGGUUUCCAGCAGAAUUUUUUAAGGUUUUAUGGAGUGACAUUGCCCCCUUUUUAGUGAAUGCUAUUAACUGCUCUUUUCAAAAAGGGCUACUAUCGGUGAUGCAGCGACAAGGUAUUAUUUCUCUUUUACCAAAGAAGGACAAAAAACCCUCUUUUUCUAAAAAAUUGGAGGCCAAUUUCUCUUCUAAACUGCGAUUAUAAAAGCGAUAGGUAAUCGAAUAAGGCGGGUUUUUCCUAAAAUUAUCAAUGGUGAUCAAAGUGGCUUCUUGAAGGGACGCUCUAUUGCAGAAAAUAUUUUUCUAAUUGACAGUAUUAUAAAUUACGCAGGUAAUAUGAAUAAACCUGGUUUAUUGAUGUUCAUUGACUUUGAGAAGGCAUUUGACUCGAUAGAGUGGGCUUUUAUAGAAAGAGCCCUUAACUAUUUCAAUUUUGGGCCCUCUCUAGUAAACUGGUUCGGAUUAUUUUAUAAUCAGGUCUCCAUUGCCAUCCAGAACAAUGGAUGGGUUUCGUAGAGCUUUUCUUUAGGUAGAGGGUUCAGGCAAGGUUGCCCGAUGUCGCCAUAUCUAUUUAUAAUAUCGGCCGAGAUAUUAGCCAAUUUCAUUAGGAGAGAUAAAGACGUAAAAGGUUUUAUGACGGGUGAAGUCGAACACAAGCUAAGCCAAUUUGCUGAUGACACGACGUUGAUACUCGAUGGCUCAGAGGGCUCCUUUCGUAGACCAAUCGAGGUUCUAGAUGGGUUUCAAGUGACUUCUGGCCUUAAGGUAAAUUCUGAGAAAACCAAAAGUGCUCUGUUGGGUUCGGCAAAAAACAGAGGCCCUAUAGAGUGCUACAAACCUGAUAUCUCCUGGGUGGAGGGGAAAGUCUUUGCAUUAGGUGUGUGGUUCGCAAAGGACAGAAACGUAAUGCUCCGUUCUAACUACGAUGAGAGGAUUGGGAAAAUAAAAAACGUUAUUGAAACAUGGCAAUUUAGGAGACUCACCUUAUUGGGAAAAAUCACUCUUAUCAAAACAGGGGCACUCAACGUCAAUUUUCGGAAAAUAUCUGUUCGGAAGAUGAUUUGAGAUCUAGAGUUUUCGGAACAUUUUUUGUCAAGUUUCUUGCUUUUGCCUGCCUCUCCUAGGAUUUUCAAACAUCUAAAACAUGGUAUAAUUGCCCAUAUUUAACGGAUUUUUACCCUAAAACGGUCACCUAGAAUUUUCGGGACCCUUUUUUCUAGCUGAAAUUUUCGAAAAGGUAUGUUUCGAUCCCUAUAAUUUUCGAAUCACUAGACUUUCAGCUAGGAAAUCCGAACAGAUAAAAAAUUUUUAGGGGAUAAAAAUAUCCCCAUAUCUAUCGUUUAAAUACUAAAAUACGUUUAACAAUGCUAUGUUUAAGUGGUUUUGAACUAUAUUCUCGCUGGGUGCCCCUGUCAAAAGUCGUCUGGUCUCCCAACUCAUUUAUAUUGACUCCGCUCCCUACUUAUGCAAACGCACUGCAAACGGUCAACAAACUUCUUUUUAGGGACUUUAAGAUAGGUCACUACGGUAGGCUGGGACGGUUGGAUGCGUAUACGGGCGGCCUGGGGCCAUGACGGUAAGAAGCCGCGAAAAUUUUCAAUUUAAGAUCGGACAACAAAACAGAGGACGGUGAAGUCAUGUGCGAAACUCGCUUGUAAUUUCUUUCGCAGAAGGCUCAAUUACUGAAGAAGAGUUUCUUACUUUAUACGAAGAAUACCAAUCAGAAGAAAAAGGGUACAAAUUAAAGCUAGCUAGUUUUCAAAACUGUAGUCGAUGUUUUUAUUUGAACUUUCCUUUCCUAAGCCAACACCUUUUGAGUUAAAGAAAUCUUUUCUUGAUAAAAAUACAGUUUUAAGUUAUAAAAAGACGGCUACAAUCAUCACUGUUAGGCCCAGUUGAAACGUCAAACUUCUCAUGUGCCGAAACUAAAGCACAAAUAACUAAAAUUUAUUUUCACUUGUUUAAAGCAUUCUAGACCACUGAAAAUCGUGAAAAUGAAUCGAGUUCGACUAUACUUUAAGUUCGACGCCUGAAUCAACCUCGAACCAUUCGGGUCGACCUAAAUAGGUAUUAAGUUCGGUACAUGAAAAGAUGAACGUUUCAACUGGGCCUUACCUUUCUUUUCGGCAAUUUUCCUCUGCCAUGGUGGACGACACUGGGUAGAAAACAAGCAGUCGCCAUGCUGCCGCGAGCUAAGUUAUGAAUGAACUCAGACAUUUUCGCUUUUUUUUUCAUUUCACCGAUAGGUAAAUCAAUGUAAACACAAGCCAACGCAUAUUUAACCCAUUGGCUACUCAGUUUUUGAAGAAAAGUGACAAUAAGUAUGCAUGAACUCUUAACGGUUUCACCGUUGUCUUCACGACGAGAAACCCGGCGAAAACAUACCGUCCUAGAAGUACGACGGUAAAAGGUCACGCGUGUUUUGCGUGACGUGACAUCUAUCUAACCGUCCCAGGCGACCGUAGUGACCUAUCUUAAAGUCCCUUUUGAGUUCCUUUGGGACGGUAAAGGCGACAAGAUUAAAAGAGAGCAUAUUAUAAGGGAUUAUGAGCAGGGUGGUUUGAGGAUGAUUGAUAUAUACAUACGUUCAAUAAGUCUCUCAAAGCAUCCUGAAUAAAGAAGUACUGCACUAACCGAUUUGCAUCUGACGGGAAGUCCUCUCUAAAUUUGCACCCUCUACCGCCAUUGAUCUCGUUCUUCUUAUUGGGAGUUAUCUUAUAUACUCGAGCAAACUUGCAGGUACGUCUCCCUCCAUGACUCUUUUUAAAAGUAAACUAAAUUCCGUCAUUGAGAUAGAAAAACAAGAAGCACUCCGCUGUAAUUCUUUCACCGUCUUUUCGAACAAAUGGAAAUUUUUUCUUAUUUAAAUUUGUUGCUUGCACUUGUUACCCUCUAGCUAAUCGCUUUGACUUAGCCAUGUGUCCUGCAAAGCUGAGCCAUCCACCGUCCACCGUUCACCGUCCAUUCCUUUUAUUGUAAGUAACUAAGCGAAUUCAAGCAUAAAUGUAACCUCAGCUAUUUUUAUGUUUGUUUCGUCAAGUUGUAAUAUGUAUACGUUUUGUGCGAUGUAAAUUUAGCUUAAAUAAUAAAUUAAAUAAAAAACUGGAAAAAAAAACACAAUUUCGCCAAGUCUUCCCUAAACACUUUACAUGUCAAAUUUCAAAAUUAAAACAGUAACCUGAUUCUUACGGCAGGAAGAGUGAUAGAAAAUAAAGAAAGAAAGCAAAAAUAAAGUGGUGAAUUAUAUUUGUACAUGCAGUUUGUCCUAAACAGGGUAUGUAUUUUAAGUUGUUGUUGUUGUUGUCCCAUAAACAGGGUCAGGGUCUCAAACCCUCAGCGGCUCACCUCUACCCAGAUAUUGGACGAGUAACCCCCCCCAAAGGGGGAAUGUUAAGUGUCAGGUAGUUGAAAGCCGAAAUUAUAAUUCAGGUUUUUCUUUCUUGUUUUUCAGCGUCUGUGGAGAGUUUUGCUGCUACUUCCAAGUCGUUUAUUUUCUCCCUGGUUGACAAGGAAGGACUUGCACCAUUCAAGAGCAUGGUAAAACAAGCCAAGUCAUCAGAUGCUAUUUACUGUGGGCCAAUUUACGGUCCAGUAUUUGGUCUGGGCGACAUACUCAUUUUUGAUAAUGCCAGUCAGAAUACUCAUUCCUACUCUAAUUUUGGCCGCUAUUACUCUCUCCCGAAUGGAGUUACUGACCGUCAUACAAUCCUGGCUGGAACCAAUAACUUUUCACCUGACGAGGUUGAGGUAUUUUAUCUCGCUUGA